GGUGACCGGAUGGCCCUUUUCAGCUCUUAAAAAGACCACUUUCUGAAGCUGGACACCUGCACUCAGCUUCACUCUCUCUUUUGGUCUCUCCACCUUUCUUUCUAACUCGCCCUCAAUGAAGCACACAGAGUUUCUGAAAGGGAAAGAUGGAGGGAGAGAGAGAGAGAGCAGAUAGAGGACAAGGACGUUCGAGAACCAGCUCCAUCAGGACGAGUUUGAAAAGACCGUUUAGUGUGGUGUCCUCUUAGACCGGACUCUGAUUCAGUCGUUCAUUCACUUAUUAAUGUUAAUGUAAAACUUUAAAACGUCGAAUCACCGUCAAACUUUAGGGAGGAAAGAACAGAAAAUAACUUUGUGUUAAACGGCCAAACUUUAGUGAUUGUUAUGUUCAGAUGGAGGCGAUUAAAGAUGCAAGACGACACAUUUCAAACCAAAAAAUACAGUAACUGUGUCCAUGAAGCAACAACAUUAACAUGUAAACUGUCCAGGAUCAUUACUGAACUACUGAACUGAUUUUUAAAUGCAAAUGUUGAUUUUUUUAUAUUUCAUGUGAAAAAUGUGAUUUAAUGUGAUUUUUUUAUUUUCUAGAAAGCACACUGUUUCCAUCAGAAAUAUCUGAAAAAAAAGGAAAAUUAAAAAAAAAUAAAAAUUAAUAGAUGAAUAGAAUUACAUAAAUGAUUAUGUAAAUAAAUCAAUCAAAAUAAUAAAUAAACAAAGGAUUGGAAAUAUUGAAUUUCCCUUCAGGGAUCAAUAAAGUUUUUCUUCUUCCUCUUAAUCAAAAGUUUAUUAGAUAGAUGAAUAAAUAAAGCCAAAAAAUAAAUAAAUAAAUUAAUAAAUAUAAAAACAAGAAAACAAACAAAUAAAAACAACUUUUUAAAUUAAAAACCAAUAAGUGAUUCAACUUAAAUAAAUAAACUGAAAUAAGAAAUUAAAUAAACAAAUAAAGAAUAAAUGGAAAUAUGAAUUAAUAAAUAUAUAGAUGUAGACAGUUAAUGUAAGUACAGUAGGCCUGUCAGUUUUCAUUUUCAAUAUUUUUUAAAAUUAUUUAAAAAAUAUUUUAUUUUCCUGAAAUUUAUUUUUGUAAAAACGUAAGUCAUUUAUUUGUCAGCUAUUUUAUCAAAACAAAAUUUAAAAAAAUUCUCAUAAGGUUAACGUUAUUUUUAUCAGAAAAAAAUAAAAAAUAAAAAGUAUUUUUGUUGUCGCACAUGGAAGUUUUUUAUUUCUUUUUUUGGAGCAGAAAAAAAUUACAUAAAAACGUACAGCGACAUAAAAAUAGAGCUCUCCAGAUUUUGUACAUGCUCUCAUGUGUUCACACGUUUGAGGAGAAUCGAAAAGUGCUGAACAGAGGAGCGGUUCGUCAUGAAGGACUUCAUGGAUUAGUUUGACUAACAGGAAUAUUUUCGCACGUUGAAGUUAUUGCAGUGUUAUUGUAGUUGCACACAGGAGUUAAUGCCUCAUGGAUACAUUACCGUGUUUUAGUUUUAUUCAGUUACAAACUACAAAAAGUUCACCUGCACAAAAAGUUGCACACGGAACUUUAAAAGUUAAUUACUUUUUUUUCUUUUAGUGAUUCACUAAAACUUUACGUGUCAUUUUGAAACGGAAACCAGUGAGACUGAGACCACACUGAUCGAUUAUUAAUCAUUAACUGCUGAAAUCUGAGAAACUGAAACAUAUUUUAGUGUUUAAAUUUGUCGAAUGUUCUUUGAUGUCGUGUUUCUUUCUUCCUGCUUUGGUGUGAAACUUUGACUUUUUAUCCGUUCUGACUCUGUAAAGCACUUUGAAACUCUCAGUAUUUGACUGGUGGUUUAAGAACAGACCUGCCCUGACUCGUCUUUUCAUCAUUUAUGGUUUUUAUCCUGCAGAAAUGAUGCAUCACAUUCUCAUAAACUCACACAGCUACUCUCACAACUCCUGAAACUACGAAACAAGUCCUCCAGAAAAUCACAGUUUUACCCUGCAGCUUAUAAAGUCUUGUGGAGGGUUUCACUGGCACACAUGUUUGUUGCCCAAUCGACCACUGACUCCUCAAACUGCACUGCCAACACACACAAACACACACACCCAGAGAGAGCCACAUCUCCAAACACAGGCGGCCCCCUGCAGAGCUCCUGACAGCUAUUGACUUUCCUCAAUAGAUGUUCUCCAUUGUGAGCCAAGUACACGGGCUAAAUGUCACGGCAGCAGGAUCCUGGCCUCUUUUAGGCCUCUGUGUGUCUCUGAAAGGGGACGAGAACCUCAAAUUUGACUUCUUUGUGCCUCUUGAUAAUACACUGAGUGUCCCUGCAGCUGCUGAGUCUCCUGCUCCUCUCCUCUGACUGACCACAGCAGACCUCUCCUCUCUCAUGGAUGGAUCAGAUGAGGAGGGGGGGAGUGGGCGUGGCUUUAACGCCCUCCCUUUAACGCUAUUGGACGGUUGGGGUGUCAGUCGGCGCUGCUUCUCCCCUCCUCUGCUUUUAAAUGAAGUUGCAAUGGCCUGAAGUCGCGCGAUUCAACCUGUGGCAGCCGAGAUGAACAGCUGAUCCUCAGUCCGCAGUGGAUAAAAAAACCCGAGAAUCACCAUGGUCACCGCCGCGUCAUGAUCGCUCAUCCCACGCGUGGCACUAUGUGAAUAGUUAUCGGAGAAGUAGACAGAGGAAAAUCACUGACAGGAAAGUAGAGUGAAGGUUCGUGGAGCGUGUUAUUUCUGGACCUGUUGAUCAUCAGAGAGAGAGAGAGAGAGAGAGAGAGAGAGAGUGACGGACACUCAGACUCUACCUGCCGCCGCUCCGUGCUCUGCUGCUCCGCGCGCACCGAUCACCAACUAUGUUAUUAUCAAGCUUUCUUAUCUUCACCUUCUCGCACUUUUUGGCGCCUUACCUGCCGCAAGUCUGCGCACAGAAGCCUGGCUCACGGGUGAGUGCAUACCUGUGUGUUUGUUGGCCCACACUGUCUGUCUGUCUGUAGAGGAGAGAGAGCUCAGCACGAGAGCGAGGUGGACAAAAACGUGCCAGAUCUGCGUAAAAGUAUCCAAUUACGCACCGCUUCAAACCAAAAAUAAACCAAAUUAUCUUGAUUGUAAACCUAAAGAAGUGCAGAAACACGUGGUGGAUAUCACUGUGAUUCAUUUGAGGAAACUUAUGACCAAGUUUGGGUCCAAAUGAAGAGUAAAGGAGGAGAAAGAGUCCUGGAGCGGUCAAUAAGGACAUCAAGUUCUGUCAAAUUCAAUGACUUUUAAGGCUGAGAUUACAGGACUAGGACGGGAAUAAAUUCGGUUGAAAUGCAAAUUAAAUGUAAAACUGGUUAUCCAAACAGGAGAGGGAAAACUCCCGCUGCUUCUGAGUGACAAAUGAUGUUUAUAACAUAGUAUAAAAGAGCACAAAAUGAAACCAGAAUACUCCAAUGUCCUAUCAAAGUCUCUUUUUUUUAAUAAAAGUAGUGCUGUGGUUUUAACUCUAAGAUAAGACAGUUUGGUUGUUCAAACUAGAGCUAUAAAUUAUGAGAAUAAGCUGGUAAAUAUGAAAAUAUAAGUCGAUAGGAGUCUCAAAUUUAACAUCUUUACCAAAAAGGAUGAAAAAGGACUAACCAGAUGGCACAGUCAGAGGCCUUCAGUUUACAUUUGUUCAUGGAUUUGUCCUCAUAUUUAAUCGCUGAAUCGACCAGUGGAGGUAGGAAAGUUUCAGUCUGACCCUCUUUAAACACAGGACUCUGUAUUUCAGCUGUGAUGGUUCAGAGAGGGAGUUUUUCAGCCUGUUUUUACUGUCUGCUGAGUCACAGAGUCUGUGAUCUGGUCUCUAUCUUGUAAUAUCUGGUUUAAACAGAAGCUGUAUUGUUUGUCAAAUGUUAAAAAAGCGACCCCAGAUUGUCUGCAUUCCUUAUUUUGGAGAUACUGCGCUUACAGUCGCAGACAAGAGUCAGAAAAUUCAGCUUUCAAACAGGUUAAAUGUUGAUUAUAAGAGUCACAGGUUCUUGUUCAUAAAUUUAGUCUCUGUUGGCAAAACUUCAAAGUGAAAUCACACAACAUGAGGACUUUCUGUUUGGAAUUUUUGACCUAAAUUCUCUAACCAGGACUUUUUUUUCCAGCCUCUGAAACUAACAUGAGGUUUACUAAAUUCACUGACCGGAGUCUAACCUGCGUUUUCCCCACCGCAGCCCUCCUCCUGGUCCUGGUUCUGGUUCUGUUACCUCUCUGGGACAGAUCUCAGUCACUGUCACGUCUCCAAAUCUCAUUUUAACUCUCUCUUAUUUUCUCUUUUGUUUCUCCUCUUGUUGAAUAUUUCUCACAAACACCGCUGGCACUGUCUGUCCAGGCGGAGUAAGUGAUGGGGAGCAGCAUUGUUUCGCAGAUGCUGUGUAAUAUUUGUGGUCAGAGGAGGGGAGGAUGACUCUGGGAGAGGAAGGAGGGUGAAUAUGUUAUACUCAUACACACACUGGAGCUAUUUCACAACAUCUUCACCCCCCCUCGCUCCAUGCAGAGGGUCAUAGUGAAUUUUGACUUUGCGUAAUCGCCGCUUUGUUGCUCUAUCGGACUGAAAAAGAAAGUUGGAGAGGGCAGAGUACGGUGGCUCUGAUGUUUGUUGUGUUUAGUUUGUGGCAGAUUUGUGGUUCGCCACAGAGGAUAACACAAGAAGUGCUGGGAGGUUUGGGAGAUGGGAGCGGAGGUGAUUCUUUCUGGAGCUGUCUUGUUGCGGUAAAAGUGCCGUUCCUCUUUCUUCCUGUUUGAGCUUUCGUUAAAGGAUUUCAUGCUCCUCUGCAGGCUGAGAAACUCUAUCACCCUCGGCCUGAGGAAAGCCUCAAACCACACUGGACCCACUCCAGAAUACAGGCUGGUGUCGGCUCCGAAACAAGGCUGCUACUCAGUCCUUCAAAAGUCGAAAGUUACGGACAAAAGCUUUUCAGCAGAGUUGGCAAAAAACCUGCAGAGGACUUGGCUGAAGUUUGGUGCUCAGGAGCAGCAUCUCUAUCAACUUAAUCCCUCUGAAACUAUCAGCUACCUCCUCCUCCUCCUCCUCCUCCUCCUCGUGGGCACCAAGAAGGAAAAGUCCCACUCUGCCCUCCACACCAACACCAACACACACCACUGUGGAUGUUUUUUAGAUUGCUCACAGCUGCCGUAAUAGCAGAACUCACACCCCCACUCUCCACGUUGAUAUCAGGGCUGAGAGCCGGUGCUGACUUCGCUGCGUAGCUCUGCUGUCCUCUCAUUUCUCCUGAGGCGCUGUGAUGCAAGACGCCUGACUUUUCAUAUGACCACGUAAAACAUGUAGAGACACUAAAGCGGCUCCAGACAGAGUCAGCUUUUUUAAUUUUGUUCUGAAGGUCAGACUCUCUCCUCUUCUGACGUCUCUUUAAGGACUCAGACUGUGAGGAUGUGGGAUGAUGGUGAAGAGAGAUGAUCGCACACAUGAAAAUAUCAACGAAAUGCAAAAGUUUGACGCAUCUUCAUCUUCAACUUCAGGAAUCAGGGUCAGAAUUUAGUCAAAAAUAAGAAGACUGGAAAAAAUAAUAAAGUCAAAACCAUGAGGAAAAAAAUUUCAUGUUUCUGAAAGUGUAGACGCUCUCUUAACUGUUACAGUCAGAAUCAGAUGGAAACAUCAAACAGUCGAGAUCACAGACGUUAAGAGACAAAUUUACUUCAACAGGAUCUGACAAAUAUUUAAAAAAAAACUUAAUUCUCAAUAAAAUAUUCAACGUCCAAAUGUAAAUAAUGUUUGUUUUGUAAGUUACAAAAAAGUAUGAGACAUUUAUGAAAUAAAAAGUUCAGAUAAUGAAAAGUAAGACAUUAUUACGGGCAAUGACCCAUUUUUAAUGAGAUAAAAUACUAUAAUCAUUAGAUUUAAGUCAUAUUUAAGAGAUCACAAGUCAAAAAUAUUUCUGGGAAAGGUCAAAACUUUAAGUGAAAAGUUCAGAAUCAUGAAAUAAAAAGUUUAAAUCAUAAAAUAAAAAGUCAUAAUUAAAUCAAAGUCAUAUUUAUAGGAUAAUAAUUUUAAGAUUACAUUACAAAAUGAGAGAUCAAAAUUCUUCGUUAAAGCUGCUGUGAGGAUUGUUUUUAAUGUCAAUGAAAUCGACUGAAAUUUAUGUUGAUACUUUUUAAUGACAUAUAAAUGCAAACAAGUCCAUCAGCAACAAGACUGAAGAGUUUUAUAUCCUGAUUUUUACAUUUAAAUGUGAAAAGACAACAGGCUGAGAUCUGUUAUAAUAACUCACCACUCCUUCUUUGUCCACAGGGGGCGCCAAAGUUGACGUAGUUCAAAAGUUCCUGACAGGAGCUUUAAAAAGUCACAAUUAGGAGAUAAAAUUUUAAAAUCAUGAAAAAGAAAGUUCAAAUGAUUAAAGGAAAAGUCAGGAUACGAUUAAAAAAAACAGUAUUUUUAUGACAUUAAUAUGAGGUCGUUGAUUUUCUUUCUUAUAAUUAUGACUUUAUAAUCCUUUGUUUUUGUCUAUGAAGACGUAAAGUCCUCCUCUUUUUCCAUGACCAGCUGAAAUGACCUUCUAAUGAAUCAUCACUUGAUAAACUUAAUGCUGGGAAAAGUGAUCAGACGAGGACGCUGAUGAAGCAGACUGGAAUGAAGCCUUUUGUUUCAGUUCAGUCUGACUCCAGUGAAGGUUGUGUUUGUGUUUUUGUAAUGUGUGUAUCUUUGCUCUUAAUUGAUAAUCUGUGUGUCAGUUACGGUAAACACUAACACCCACUCUCAGAGGAGCUGCUGCCAUGAUGCUUUAACGCUCUACAACCCGGAUGUAAACAAACCCAGCUGAGUUCAUGACGAGGAAACUCCACUUAGACUGGACUGUAUCACACACAUGCUGCUCAGACUGUUCUCACUUCCUUCCCCGUUACCCUCUCUGAGCUCAGCUGUCUGACAAACACAUUCAUGGUUCAGAUUCCUUUAGAGUCCGGUCCAUUUGUUGCAUUUCUCCAUCAUUGUUUUAUCACAUCUGCUGGCAGACGAUAACGCCUCUGAGCUGAUGAGUUUUUAAGAUUUCACUGAUCAGAGGAACAACCUCAGGGCUGGCUUCUAUUUAUACUUCAUCUCUGGUCUUCAGGGCCAAAUUCUUGACAAAGCUUGAAUUUUCUUCAGUCUCUAAAACGUACUUCGACUUGACAGGUGUGAGCUUGUUUCGUUUUCCCUCUGACUUUGAAAGAGACGUGAUAAAUGUUUGUAUGUCCACAUCAGAAGACGUCCUCUGGUCUAAUCUUAACUAAAAUAUAAUCCACACUGCUCCUAACUGCCUCUGCAGCUCCUCGUUGGAUUAUUUUAGUCUUAAAGCAGGAAAACCAGUCCAGCUCCUGACCUCCAUUCCUCUGUGAGCACAAUAAAGAGUCAUUAGCCGACCGUAGAGCGAUCACACACCUGCACCCACACGCUGCCCGCAUCAACACGUGCAGACCACUCACACCUGCACCGAAGCUGUGAUCUACCUCACACCCAUAAAAAGCCUCUCCUGCUUUUGAACCGCGGCUCUGCUCUCCAGAACUGGAGGUAUGCGGUCUUGGCUGCUGCGUCGCUCAGACCGGCCUGUUUGUGUUUGUUUUCCAGUGACUUUAUGAGUCUGUACUGAUGCCGUCGUUAAAAUACGCAGGUCGACCUUUAAUCAAGGGGCUCAGGUAUAGACGGGUCAGAGUGGAUGGUAUCUGAGUGGAUGCAGGAUUUCAGAACUUAGCUUGUGAACCCACCACCUGCCUUUGUAACCGGAUCACUCUGAGAACAAAGACCAAAAAAUCUGCAAAAUACCUGCGUCAAAAAACAAAACAAAGAUACUCGCAAAAACAACCAGAAAUGACCGAAGGCGGAGACGGCAUGACAGGCGCAGACUCAGACCAUGAGGAAGGACAAAUGGAGACCAAAGCUGCUAUGCUAAUACAUACAGGUCUGAAAGGUAUCGUUAAAGAAAUUCAAGAUUUUGUAGCCGAACUGAAAGCAGAGUUCACAACAUUCAAGGAAGAAAUAAAAAAAGAGACAAAAGAAGAACUCGAGGAUUUAAAAAAAGACGACAGAGUCAGCUGCUCAAGACAAGAGAAUCACAGAGGCAGAAGAGAGAAGUGAAGCGAUGGAAAACUGGGACAUAGAAGUAAAAGAAGCCCUAAGAAGAGGGCUAACAUGGAUGCUAAUGGGGAGCCUCAAGUGGACACUCAAGGAACUGCAGUUUUUUGCACUUCGACAUUGGCUUUAUUAGUCAACAUGGGGGGCUGCUGAUUGGUCAAGUCAUUCAAAGAUGGUUUUAAGUACUUUUAAAAAGAGACAAAUUACAGCAAUAGAAAUAUCACAGAGGAGAGUCCUGAACAUUAAAGCUUUCAGUUUAUGUCAAUUUUGGCGCCCCCCUGUGGACAAAUCAGUCUUUUCUAAUCUCAUCCUCUACAUUCUUUCGUAGCGUCUUCUAACAGAUAACUCAUCCCGCUGACUUUUAACAGCGAAACAUCUAAUUUUAUAAAAACGGUAAAUCUCAUUGCUGAUGGUCUUAUAAUGAAUUUCCGUCUAAAACUCCUUAUUGAGGCUUUAAUCACACUCUUACUUGGACCAUGUGAGUCUGUGAGGUUCAUCGUAAGGAUACCUUCUGUUUGACGAAGCGCAUUUAUGGCGCUGAUGAGAAAUGAGGCAGGAGAGAUAACAGAACGCAGAUUUUCCAUCAAACCACCAAGACGCAUAAAAAGAAGAAGAAGAAGAAGAGCGGCUGACGAUAAUCACACAGACGUGCUGCGCUUGUUUCUCCUGCAGUCUUUAUGGGGAAGAAAAACAUUCCUGGCAGAGUGAUAAGGUCAUAGUUUGGCAUCAUCGUCUUCUGUGAGGAGAAGUCAUGAAAUACAAACCUCGCAGAUUAACUUGACUUUCUGUUCAGCAGCAGUUUCUGAUUAAGCUCUAAGAGGGAAAAUCCUCUAAAGCAGCUUCGGACGGUGAUGAAGGUUGAGGUUUGCUUUCUCUCCUCUGAAGGGGUGAGAUUCUGAAUAUUGACACAAACACAUUCAUACGGACGCUUCUGAUGCUGUCCUUAGAGUCUUUGUCUCUGCUGUGGAUGUGGGGAACAUCAAAUUUACAAAACUCUUUCUUCUGGAGAUCAUGAACUUACUUUCAGAUUUUUAAUCUUUGAUGUAUAGAUGGAAAUUCGUGGUUUUGUGGAGGUUUGGUUUGAGCUUUCUUGUCCUUUUUAUUUCCUGAGGAUCCUGAAUAUUAAGAGAAACUUUCAUGGCAAAUGUUUGAGUUUUUCUUGUGGCUGUAGAAAAAAGAGGAAGAGCUAUCACAGACUGGUUCGUUUUGUUUUAUGUCAUCGUAUAAAAAGGACGCAAAAGAGCCGAUACGACCUGAACAGUCAGUUGAUCGUCAGAAUAUUAUUUAUUAAAGUUGUUAUAGUCAGAAUUUUACAGCAAUAUGAGUCAUCUAUCCCGAAUAUUUGUUAAAGACAUUUAGACUGGAAAGAGGAAAGACGUCCAAAGUUGGCUGUCGACUUAAUAAUGCUAACAAAUGGAGUUUAGUCUAAGCUAACAGUAUCUGAUGUUUGGACUCUACAGCUUAGCUAACUGAACCCAGGUCUGUAACAUGUUAGCUAAAGGGUAAAUGUUACACUGAUGGUGGUGCCACUAAAAUCAAAUACCUGGAACGGCUCACCUUCACCUGGACGUCGACCUCAUGUGACUCUUGAAGACUCCAAAAACAGGCAGCUGGACUGUGUAGAUUUGAGAAGACGUUUCGCCUCUUAUCCAUGAAGCUUCUUCAGUUCGGCUCCUUGGAUGCCUGAGUCUUCAAGAAAACCAUGACCUGGAUGAAUGAGAAUCUACAUGGAGAACUUAAUGUGACGUUCAAAUCAACUUCAUACUAAGGGCUUACUCAGCAAAUCCUAGAAUAGAACCAGGAACUGCAUGAUUGACGUAUUCUGCAGAAACUCACGUCUGAGGAACGUCAGAUUUUCAGUCAGUCAUAAAAGCUGUUGAGAUAAAAUGAUUAUUUGAAAGGUAGACCAUUGAAGGUUGACCUCGACCUUUGCUGGUAAAAUCAACUAUUUUGAGACGAGUCCGCAGAGUGUUUAAGGUGCUGAUCGAUGCACCACUUUGGACAGAACUUAUGAACCAUCAUCAGAGGAAUAGCCCUUUAACUGCAGUCAUCCUCAGACUUUCUUCUUUGAGGUCCCCAUGUUGGCUGAAAUGUGAUAUCAGGGAAGUCUCUAGACUGUUUGGUUGUCGAAACCAAAUGAUAAACAAAUCCCUGACGUAGAAGAGGUGGACAUGGGUCUGUCUUUAACUCGGUUCUUGCCUGGUGCUUGUGGACAUGGUCAGUGGUCCAGUUUAAUUGCCUAAAACGGUUCAUCUAGUGAUGAAGGUAGAAAACCACUGAUUGUGGCUUUAAUACUGAAAUCCUUGGUCUUGGUCUUGUGACUCCAGGGACCAAUCAUGGACUUGGUGGAAAUCUGGUGUUACAGUCCCUCACAGAUUCAAAGUCUGCUCCUGUCUUUUCAAAACUACUUCUCAGGUCUUCUCAUGGAUCUGGUCUCACAGGUUGCUCCGCCUCUGUUGAGUCCCGGCUCAUUGGCUGGUUCAGACUUCCGGAUCCCCUCCUCCUGUGAUCCUCAGAGGACAAAGUUUACCGUCUUUGAUAUCGUUGAUUGGUUGAUUGGUUGACCCAGCUCCUCCGUCCAGACAUUCACGGUCUCCAGAGGUCUGUAGAUUGUGGUGACCCUUUGACCUUUCCUUUAUCAGUCUAACAUCACAGACUCUCUGCAGAACGGUUCGACAGAGCGCGUGAAAUUUCCUCUAGAUGUCCCCGAUAUGAAGGAUGGGGCUUUCUGACUUUGGUCAUCCCCAGACUUUCCCCCCGGUCUCAUAAUCAGACUGACAUCAUGGGUUUUUAGAGAAAUGUCUCGACAAGUGUUGGACGGAUUGCCAUGAAAUUUCGUCCAGACCUGGAUGAUCAAAUCUGUUCGUCUGGAGCUGUUGAGAGGCAUCCUGGAAAAUGGAGGGAAUGUAAGUGAAUUAGAAUAAAUGAGUCAAGUUGAGGGAAGUAGGGCACUCUGGGAAAUUAAAUGACAACUUAACCGCUGAGGUCCAUUAAAACGUCAACAGAUUGAUUUGCUUUUCCUGAAAACGUCAUUUCAACGUCCGAUUCGGCGGCCGGUCCCUGACAUGAAGAGACACCCGGGCUCCCCUUUUAUUUCACAUGACACUGGCAGAUGUUUCGGAGACGGACCAAUCGAAUUGCUCACACAUGUUGAUUCCCUCUGAUAACUUGAGUAAUCAGCGAAACCAUUUCAUGCUCAAUUUCUGGGCUUUCUAAUCAGUGUGAUGAAACGCAGUCCCAGUCCAGGUCCGGCUCUGCGAGGUACGGAUCACUGCGACUUCACUCAGCCCCUCUUUCUCUCUGCAGAUCCUCCUGAUACAGAUGGUUUAUAGGGGCGCAUUUGUCUAGUCCACCAUGGGAACCGACUCCAUGUAAGUUCAGCCUCUGGUUUGGGAGCGGAGUUACGGCUCGGUAUAAUCCUUCAGAUCAUCGGGACGGCAGAAACACUUCCUCUUUCCUAUCAAACUAGCUCAGCAGAUUAGCCUCCGCUCUGCCGCAUAUUUAAUCGUUUCCUUUGAUACGAGCGAGUGUGUGGUCUCAGCUUAAGUAAUGCUAUGCAACAGACACACACUUCCUGGGAACAACAGAGACAGCUGACUGUUCUGCAGCCAGGAUGUAGCAUUAGUGACAAACAAGGAAUGUUGUUAAUGAGAUUUAGAGCCAUUUCCGAAAAGGAAGAACACCUCCCUCUCGCCCCCGUACUCACACUUUCAUUGUGAUUUCUUUCAACCACUUCAAAAGUCACAUAAGGAAGUCAUACUUCUUAUUAAUCUUGUAUUUAAUCCCCUGACCAUGACCUGAGCAGGAAAUCUGAUUUAAGCAUGCUGUGAAAUUAUUUUAAGUUAAGUCUUUGUCAGAUGUAUUAAAUCAGCGGGACUUUACAGCCGUAGCAGGACAUUAAAGCUGCUAAUUAAAUAAGUGCAAGAACAAUGUCUCAAAUCAAACGGACAUGAGUUAUGUCGAGGUCGUCCUCCUUCAAUCCUUCACUCUUCGCUCCAAAAACAGAGAACAAACCUGGGGUAAAUUCUCAUGUAAAGGCAGCACCAUCAUUUCAGGGGUGGUUUACCUGCAGGACUUACAGUUUCUUUGACAACGCUUUGUCGACUCUGUUAUAAAGGUCACAGCAGCUGAUUUACAACCUAUUUUCAGUCUGUUGAAGAGGACAGAGCUGAAGAAAAGGCCUCACUUUAACUUUUUAAAUCACACAUUGAGCCAAAAUCUCUCCCUUUGAAUCUCUGCUCCAGUUUUAUAAGAAGAUGUUUUUUUUCUUUGUCUAUACUCUUAACGUUUGUCAUCCUCCAGCCUUGAAACCAUAAACCUCUGCGUUCAAUACGUUUACAUGCGGGAAUCAAAUCUAUUUGUUGUGUUAGUCCGACUGAAAUCACAUUAAGUCAAAUUUCUAAAGGUGGGACUAACAAAUCUCGACAAACAAAGUGGGAGAUUGUUUUUGUCUUCUAUAUACACACCUCAGUCAGAUCUGAACCGGCCUAAACUUUCUGCGUACGCUCCACAGCUCACAUACCAGACCUUGACCUGGAAGUCCAAAAGCAAAGCCAUAAAGUUUUGACCAUUUAAAAAAUAAACAGUUAGCCUCUUGCUCACAUCUUUGUUGAUUAUAUUGGUAUGUGACAUAAAAGGUCAACUGGUAAUCCACCAAACUACCAGAAAACCAACAUUUGGCCAAAUAGCGCAGUCAACAGGCUGGUCCUACUGGGAAACAAAGCUGCUACAAGGCAACGGCUCCUCUGGUGAUGUAACGACAGGAGUGAUCUGCAUUGACAUGAAGAACCAAGUGAUUCUGCUUGUACUGAAACUUUUGUGGUUUUUCUUCAGUGUUACGAGGUCAAGACGUAGAAAGCUAGUGCCAGAGACACCAGCUGCUCUGUCGUUGGUUACAAGAACCAACUCAAAAGGUUUUCAUCUGUCCCAGAAUCUGAGGACCACAUUAAACCGUGGUUUCUUUUGAUUUUUAACCAUGAUAUGCUGCUAUAGUUGACGACAAGGGUCAGUAUAAAGCUGGGUUUUCUUCAACAAUGGUGCUUAUUUAAAGGUCUUGGUUGACAGUUUAUUAAAAGGAACGUUGAGGAGUGCUGGUUUGGCCGAAUGGGUAAGUGUUGCGCCCCAUCCAAGAGCCUCUAUUGGAUUCAAACCUGUGGGCCUUUUCUUGCAUAUCGAUCCUCACUCUCUCUUCUGGUUACCUGCUUUAUCAACUGUCCAAUCUUCUCAAGAAAGGCUUAAAAACCAGAAACCCGGUGCUAGUCAAUGUUCUCCGGGAGCGCUCACUAUGUUUGCUUUGGUGUUUUUCCACCUCUGCAUCUGCCAGCACUGAUUUGCACUCGCCCCCUUCAGGGUACCAGUUAGCAUAGCAUCCACGCAGGCUCAGAUCACCGCAUGGGUUAUAAACUGAGAGGCUGCAGAUCCUCCAAAGAGGCUGAAUUUGAGCACAAAUCUUUGCUUACAUGGGGACAUGAUGUAAACGGAUGGUGAGAAAUGAUAAUGCUGCUUUUCUGCUCUCCCUUUAAGGAGUGCUCUGACGAUAUCAUGAAUGAUAGAGAGGAAAUUAAACGCCGCUUUAAUAAUGUGGGAAAUUUUCAGUUAGUGCUCUGUUUUUUUUUUCUUUAGUUACAGACUGAAGCUUUCUUGAGACUCGACUCUUUGUAGUCCUUUAAUUCUUUGUAGUCGGAGCCCAGAGAGAAAGAGAGAGAUGAAAGAAAAGUUUCUUACUUUGAACGUCGGAGUUCAAGUCUCUACACUUCUUGGCAUUAGCGCUCUGGACUCUCUCCACGAGCCACCUUUAAAAGUACUUUUCUGUUGCUGCACCUACCAAAACACAACAUUCAUGACACCGAAAGGUCAAACGAAAAGAAAUGUCUGUACUUAAAAGUUCGAGGGUCAGAAUAUCACGAAUAUAACGGGAUAUUUAUGAAGGUUAAGAGAAUAGGAGGCUCUAGCUGGUUCUUAUUUUCUCUCUCUAUGUUUUUAUUACACGGGUAGGUAAAGUGAGUUAAUGGAAACAGCAUGAGGGAUGCCAUUCACUUUACAGAUUUCCUGAAAACUUAAUGCCAAUUAUCCAACAAAAGUGAUUACCGGGGCCCGUUAAACCACACAACAGUACACAAUUAGCCCUGACUUUGGUGGGCAACUUUCAUUGGCUUGUUACCUCUGUGGUUUGAGCGCUUUAACUCUCUUCUUCCUGUUUCACUAAUCCACUUGUUGGCUGGUGAGAAGAUGCCAGAAAAACGGUGAUUAAUGACACGAAGACGCAUCAAACGCAUGUGUGUUUGUCUGUUUGAGCUUUGUUUGUUGUUGUUGUUGUUGUGCCCGGAGGGGAUAAAUAAGCCAAUCACAGGUUGUUGUCUUUCACACACACAUGCAAACACACAACGAUAAAGCCAGACUUGUAAUGAAUCUCCAUCUGUGCACGCAAAACCCUUUUCCGAUGCCGCAGUGAAGUCAUUGGUGUCAAGGUGCAGGAUCUCGCUGGUUAAGCAGAGCAGACGUUUUUUCCUUUGUGGUACAUGUCAGGGUCAGAGCUCCAGACGAGACUCGUUACGUAAUUAUUAGAGGGUAUUCAUUACUCUGGAUUUCUUCAAUUACAAACAGUCGACUAAAUGAAGUUUCAAUAACUAGAAAAAUCUGGGUGGACUGGAAAAUGGUGCUCAUUGAUAAAAAACAUGCUGCUUAUGUUUUAUUUGUACCAAAGUACCACUUUUGUGCACAUGCUCACUGUUAUAAUGUUAUGAGAUUAGAGUUAACUCACUCGGUCAGUUGAAAGUGUUAUGUCCUCUGUGACGGGGCAGACGAGCGCCAAUAAAAUGAGGGAAGUACACCUCCGCUCAGGUUCAUGUGCAUACAGGAAGUGUAUGGUCCAGUCCACAACACUGUUAAAAUCAGACGCAGCUCUAACUGUCUCCACACCCCAAGCACGAGUGAAAUCAUUUGCGCGAAUGAAUUACAUGUUAAGUCAAUGCAAAGACGCGAUUAGACGCUCCUACUACUCUGGCGGUGCAAAUGAUGCGAAUUAGCCGAAAAUGUCACAACUUUAGCGGAUAUUUGCGUCACGAUAACUAAUCAGCACAAAGGUUGCCGGGUGACAUAUGAAAACAUACGGUUGUUCACUGGUAUCUAAAAUGGAGGACAAACCGAUCGUGUCGGUAUGUGGACGCCCCAAAUUAUAUGAUACCUUUUCUUUCAAUUACCGAAACCGGAAUAAAUAGGAGCUCGUCUGAAGGCAAGUGAGCGAGGAGGUCGGAUUACCUGGUAGAUUGUAAAAAAUCUUUGUCUGUCACUGGAUUCCGCCGGUUGAAUUGGCAGGGAUUACCGUUGAAAUUACUGUUGACGUGCGAAUGAAGCGAGGAAACACUAUUCAUUCACGUGUCUAGAUUCACGCGAAUUAAGCGAGUAGAUGAAUUUACUUGUACUUGGUGUACUUGCGCCCCGUCAAAGUGCAAAGAUGCCUAAUGAUAAAUAACGAACAAUCAAUCAACAGUUUGCAUGGAGAUAUUUCGGAGGAUGAUGAUGAUGAAGAGAGGAUAAUAUAAACGAGGACAGGUGGGAAAGAUUGUUUUUAUUUUUGUGUAAAAGAACUAAAAAUACUUUUCAUUCACGCGUCUAAAUUUGCGCGAAUUAAGCAAGUAGACAAUUUUACUUGCGCUUGAUGUGAGCUCCCUAUAAGAGGAGGAGCUGGAGUGGAGGCGCGUUGCAGUUUGACAUUUGCCAACUGGUUGCUAUGGUAAUCAGCUGAGCUGUCAGCUGAUAUUAACUACAACUAUGAUCAUGUGAUGAGCGCAGGUUGGGUUUGACCUUGUGGCCUUUUUGAACUAUUGUUUUGUCUAGGUUACUCAAAAGUGUGCCUCUGUUUUUCUUUGUAUGAAAAUUGGCGCAACCAGAGCAGUCCGCCUUAAUCUGUACCCAGAAUGCUUUGCACCAAGAGGCUUUUGAGUGCCAUUUUCUUGGUGAAAUGCGAUAACGCAAUAAUGGUGAUGCCUCUCCUUGCAUUCACACCAGGACUCGGGUAUUAAAAGUGCGACUUAAACACUGGAUUUUCUGGUACUUCGAUUUGCUGGAAUCUGCACACAACACACACUAAAGAGGGAAAUACACACACAUGCACGAAUGACAAGAUGUCAGUGUGCGGGGGUGAAGCUGUGGUUUGAUGCCUUGCUCAACAACCUCAUAGCAGAAGUGACUGUGGUCCAUACAGGGUCAUGAACUCGUGACAGAACCAUCUGACCUGCUGUUGCCCUUUUCACUGAACAGCUUUGCUGCUUUAAACACCUGAAUCUCUGACCAAUCCCAGCAGUGCUUCUCAUGCUUUGUGAGCUUUAAUCGCUGUUUUUGUCAAUGAAGUCUGGUGGUUUUUGAAGAGAGCGCCGUAAUGGGCGCUGCUUGUUCCUGAAAGGCAUCCUUCCCUUUAUCAAGAAGGUCUAUCUCUGUAGGGAUUCUUCCAUUAUACUGUCGGAAACUCUGAAUAACCUGUCAGUGGAAAAAAAAAAAAGAAACGGGUACUUUUAGUGGAUCUUUUGAGGCGAUGUUGAACGUUAUGUCUGAUCUCCUGUGAUGCCCGAGCUGUUGGUAAAAAUGGGAUUUACUCUACAUGUUGUUUUUCUAUGUUUACACUUCAAUCUGCCCAAAGAAAUAAACUCUGUGUAACCAGCUGGAGGGUGAAACGUAAAUGCAUUUACUGUAAGAAGAUGUCAUGCUCAGAUUUGUUUGUUUACUACUUUAGCAGUGUUUCACUUGGCCCGCUCUUUACCCUGUCAGCCCUUUAAGCCUGCAUACAUAAAAAUGACUAUUUUGGAUUCACAUUCGCUCUUCUUUUUCCACUGCUACGGCUCAGACGUCCAUUCUCUGCCAGUGACGCUAAAAAAAACAUUUUGCUAAUGCUGUAAUGGUUGCACAAUGGGGUUACAUUUCACUUAUUUUAUGAGUGGUGGAGAGAGAGAGAGAGAGAGAGAGAGAGAGAGAGAGAGAGAGAGAGAGAGAGAGAGAGAGCGCUCCUGGCUCCGGCGUGUGUGUUUGUGUGUGCAGGACUUUGGCUUGUUAAAUGUGAGAUCUCAGCGCUCAUUGUUUCCCGGUCAAGUUAUCAGAACCAAACCGCGUCGUGUACCUCCCCCGGUGUUUCACCUUUAGCACAUCUUUGACUUCACGUCUCCAGACGGCCCUGGAGAAUGUAUGCUUUCUUACAGUGUUUCAUUAAGUGGUCCCGAAGCUCAUGUAAGAUAAAAAAUGUUGUCUUUCUUUUCAGUGAAGAUAAAGAAACAGACUUUGAGGGGUUGUUUGAGGAAGAUUCGUUCUGUAACCUGCUGCCCUGUGGUGUAAAAAAAGGAAACGAAGAGGCAGUUAGCAGACUGACACAGUUCUGCUGAGCACGUGUCUCCCUGCAGCUCCUCCUGUUCGACGUGAGUUUGUUGAAUUCAGAUUUGUUUGUUUGGCUUUGAUAAUGGGAGGUCAGCCGGUCCUGGUCAAACAGGAGAGGCUGUUUUCUCUCAGGAGAUAAUGCCAAGUCCUGUCACUUUGGCAAACACUGAUCAGCUGACGGAUAUCAAACAGACCUGAGUGUGACAGUGACUGAGAGGAAGGUUGGUUUACAGCAGCAGGUAGGCUGACACUAGAGUUUGUAAAAGUUGUGAAAAAGUCAAGGAGGAUUAGCUCCUGUGAAUUAGAGGUUCAACACUCUGUGAGAGACUGUGUGAGCUAAGAGUUCAACAAUCAGAGAAUAAUGUCCCUACAGAAACACAAAGACUCUGUGGAUUUUAUAUCAACAGAGCAAAAUAUCAAAGAUUCAGAGAAUCUGAAAAAACUCUGAUCAAAAGGGACAAGGACCAAAACAAAGACUGGAUGGCAGCACUGCAUUAAAAACAGACAGGACUCUGGAGUGGAAAUCACUGCAUGGACUCAAAAUCACUCUAAACAAACGCAUAAAUGCAGACUCGAGAUGUACCAAGCAAAGAGGAAACUACUUAUGACCACGAUCCACAAACACCAGAGACUUUUCUGGACCAGGCGAAGUGGAAAACUGUCCUCAGGUCUGAUAAAUCAACCAUGGACGCCAUUUCCUCCACUCUAAAGUAAGGAGGAAACACUUCUUUGUAGGGCUGAAAUACCGAAAUUUACGCCAAUAACCGACGUCAUUUCCUCCAUAUCGGUAUAAUCUGUGUUAAAAAACAUAAAUAAAUAAAAGUUGGUUUUGGAUGUGUGUAGGUAGGCUAUGGUCUCAUGUCCCUUAAAGACACUGUCCUACAAAAGUUGUAUCGGCUGAAGUAGACGAAGUUAAUGUGGGAGGGGGUGAGCAGCUUGUGGAGUAGUUAUCAUCCAUUUAUCGUUAUCGAGGUGAACUAAUCAAUAUAUCGUGAUAUUGAUUUGAGGUCAUAUCGCCCAGCCCUACUUCUUCACUUAAUAUCAGCUUCCAGUCCAAAUCCAGCACCCCUGAUCAUCAGAGUCCAUGUCAUGGGUUUCUUACUCAUCUGUGAAGGCUCCAUUAAUGCUGAACUAUAUCUCCAGGUUUAGGAGCAACAUCUGCUGCCGUCCAGACAAAGACAAACCACAUUCUGACCACAGCGAUUACAACGUUUAACGUCCCAAACUCUAAACAAACUGCUCUCCUGGGUUCACUCACGUUUACACAGUCUUGUUUAGAGAAGAGUUGGUGCAACACAACUGUAAAUAUGACCCAGUCCAAACUAUUUAAAGACACGUAACUGGGAUUUAGUUUGUAAUUGACACUUUUUGAACAUUUAAUCUGCUGUCUUUGCAAUUAUUUACAAUUAAAUUUGGGUUUUUAAACGAGUUUCGAACCAUCAGAUUCUGUUUGAGCCUUCGUUAUUUUCUGUCGUAGAGCCGGAGCUUUAGUCUUUGGCAUCAUGUUCUCGGUUUGUUCAUGCAUUUGUACUUUACAUGCAUGUAAAAUCUCUCUGUUGGCAGGGGAAUAACACCUCAAAUUGAUCUAAAAUACCAUAAAAACCGGAGCAUAACUUACACAACUGGCUGUAUGUGACCUUUAGAUUGUGCAGAUGUUGGGGAUAUUCAGCGUUCGAGGAUGAUCCCAAAAAAUAACGUACAAUAAGCCAAAAUUCCUGCAGAAGCGCUUUAUCGCUGUUGGAAAAGAGACGAGUGGAACAACCUGUGCUUUGUGUAUAAAUUCAAGAUUAUCCGAAGCAUAAAAACGUACAAACUCGACCGAGUUCAGAGGGUUUUCGACGUGUUUCUAAAACACAGAAUAUUAACAAACACAACUCUCAAACCAGGGCUGUGCGUGUAACUUAGAGAACUGGAUCUAAAUGUGGCGCCGCUGAAAAGCUCUUAGUGUUAACCUCAGUGAGUCAUCAGCAGGGCGGGGUUUCCCACAUCAGGACGCUCCGAUUCAGAGUUCAGAAAACUGGAAACCACAGAAGAGUGUGAGGAUCUUGUCUCUGCUGAUUGGCUGCACACUCCGAGACAAACCUCACUACUCAUCUGCUGGUUUUCAGAGACCAUGAGAUCCACGCUCAGUUUAGUUCACCGUUCACCGCCUCUGCUGCUGUGAGUCAACCUUUAUUUUAGCCGCAGUCAAAUGUGAAGCACUCACGUAUUUAUUGCAGUGACAAACUCCUGAGGAGAAGCAGCGGCCCCCGGAGAGAGACCGGAGCGAGAGCGUCUGAGACCCGAGGUGGCUGUGAAACAGUGCAGAGUCUGAGUCAGCAAAUGAGAUUAGAUAGGCUUUAGUUUACUGUCUGAUACCUGAUCCUCUCUCCAGGGGGGCUCGAUUUUUCUGCAGCCAUUAAUUUAGACGUUUCUGCCUCGUGUUGUUUGGAUCUGAAACAGCUUCUCUGGCAUCGGCGCGUCGGAGUUCGGAGAACGAUGUUUCAUUUGAAUCAUACGCGGCACAAAAACACGAGGAAGUUAUUAGAGCAGGAAUAGUCUGACCUUUAGGGAAACACGCUUAUCCUCUUUAUUGAAGCGAGUUAUAGUGGCAGCAGAUUAAUUCCACCUUUAGCUGUUUAUUCAAUAAGAAGCUCGAGUUCGACGGGAGACAGAGAGAGGAGAGAGCGGGGCCUCCAAACCCGACACAUUAACUCCUCAUAAUCCGGUUUUUGACUCUUUACUCUCAGGUAGUUGUAAUAUUUCAGAGUCUGCGUCGGCCGCCAUCACAGGGCGAGGACUGCGGCGUCUUUUAUGUGUCUGACAAGCAGGGCAAACGUCAGGUUAUGAGGGACACGUGUGAAAACGGCUCCUGUAACUUUAGGGAACAUAUGUUUGACUUAAUUUCCUUCAAACUAAAAUAACGUGAUGACUUUGUGUUUCUAAUUUUUCAUGAUUAUCUUAAAUACUCUGUAAACACCACCGUGGGACUACGUUUAAUAUUAUUCUCCAGCUCCCGUCCAUAAAUUUAGAAACUCCGCGGUCUCUGGUUUCACCUUUACGGCGCAGGACUCUGUGGGUGGGAUGGCAUGACUAAGAAAUAACCACAGUGGGAGACUCGGUCGGAGUGUUUAUUUCCACUUACCGGACAAUGCCGUCCCAAAAUCUGGGAUUUAUUGCUUUAUUAUGACAGCGGAGGUAGAGGGGCCGCGUCCAUUAGAGCGGUGAGUCAGGGAUGGGGAGGACGGGUCACGGUCUGUGGGCGGAGGCCAGACUCCACGGCUCUUAACCUGGAGGAGAGGCCGAGCCGACUUAAAUCACUUUUUUAUAACAGGCGAUCUGGAUCCUAAUUUAAAGACUUCGCAGUUCAUCACACAGUCGAGCGGCUUUGGAAACAGACAAGUGCUCCUUUAUUUCAGGAGGAAAAACAGACACAAUGCUGCUUUUUUCUCCAAACUACUGAAUUAUUCCCGUCCUUCACUGAAGCCAAAAGGACGACACGCGAGUUCAGAAAGAAACAAUGUGGGAUGUUUUCCUCUCUCUCUCUCUCUCUCUGUCUCUCUGUGUCUCUUCAUGAUUUAGUUUUCCUUUAAAACAUCCUGACAUGAGCAGCUCUACCAGCUUAAGGCCGAGGCUGGAAUCACAUUAAACUGUCUGGACUCUUCUGGACUUUUAUUGUUGCGCCGAGGUGAGCUGGAUUUGUGUCACAGUAUAUUCUCCCACUUUUGUUCAGAUAUCCUCUCGCCGCGUUGUUCCAGAGGUUCGUAUUGAUUUAAAGGAGGUUUUCAUGUUUUACUGGAACAGCUGGAAAACAGUCUCAGGACUUGGAUGUUAAACAAAUAUUUCCUUUCAUACGAGGAUAAAACCUGUAACCCCCCCCUGCCCUCGUCACUGUCCUCAACUCUGGACCACCCUGCCACCCCCGUUAUCCCACCGUCUGAUUUUAUCAGGUGGAUCCCGCGGCUCGGGUGCCUCCUUUUAUUCUGGGAAAAGUCUAAUCUGUCUCCGCUGCGUUCAGAUAAUGGAGUAUCUGCUCCUGCUGACAGCUCUGACAGCCAGGAGGAGAGAAAAACAAACCCUCCAAAGUUCAGCUUGUGUUUUAUUUGGUUGUGAAAAUCUUAUUUUUCAGGCGUAGUGAAAAUGUCUUCUCCUGUUUUUCCAAAGAGACUUCAACUCGAAUCAGAAAAAGACAUUUCUCUUCCCUAAUGCGAUGAAAACGCUCCAAACCAAGCACCCGGACCUGUUACUUUGCUUUGGAGGCCUGUGUUAUUAGCUCACUAUUUGGACUUUUUUUUUUCUUCACUUUUCUAAAUUUGGACUCAAUUUAGCGGCUGGGAUUAAGAAAUUAAUGUUCGUGAGCGUCAGGGCUGUCAGCGCUGGCAGACGCUCUCAGCCAAACAAGAAACCACAAUGGACUGUAAAUGGAUUAUUCUCUGACCCGUGUCUCGGUUUCCUCACCACAUUGUUGGAUCGUAGGAACGUGUUAAACUCUUCUGAUGUUUCCAAGCCGUCAAAGAGGGACGAAUUAGCCAGAAUGUGACUAAAAAUAUAAAACUCAACUGUCAGGAGUGUUCCUACGUCGUAUAGCUUAAUGGACGGUCUGUCGCACUUGACUGACUUGACUGAGCGGCGUGAUGAUUCGUUCAGACGCUCAAACCUCCGACAGAACGGGAGAAAAAGACUGUGGUGAACAGAACGAGCUAACUCCGCUACGUCGAUGGAAAAAAGAGUCUACCAGCAUGUGCAGAACUCUGUUAUUAACUCUUUAUGUCUGUUUUUAUGGAGUCAUGGAAAAACUGAUUUCAAACGUCAGUUUCUCAGACAUCCAUGAAUCUGAUCCACCGGUAUCAAGACGGUGGUUUUAUUUAAAUGGAUGUAGCCCGCCUACUCUUCCUGUUUCAUCUGUAACCUGCCGCUACCCCGGCUCCUCUUUACGUUGUCUGAUUUGACCUUUGACAGAAGCUCUGGGGGGUCUUUGCUGGUGCUCUCCUUGCCUUGACCAGAGGGGGAGUGGCCUUUACCAGCCCUAGACUUUAGCUUUUCAUGUACUCUUCAGGACGGACAGAGAUCUGAAGUGAGAUAUGAUCAUCGUUUAGAGGUUCUUGUCGCUACCCGAUCCUGGAAACCCAGUUUGUACUGUGCAUGUCCGAAACGUACGUCACUUCCUCAACUAGCCAUCUUUGCGCCUAGUGGUUCGUGACAGCUUCGACACUUGUUCGACAGCUUCAGCCUCAGCGAGCUCGCUUCAGUCAGAAUGGAUGCUACAGUUUAUCACCAGCUACACACUUUCUUUGACUGAAGCAGAACGCCAGAUAGUCGAGAGAAUGUCGCCCCCAGUUUCACGAUAAAGGUUCCUCCAACUAGCUUAAUUUAAAAAUUGCAACAUAGUUAUAAAAGGCUUGAAUGAAUGUGAAUAUUUCAUUGUUGAAAUCUAAAGCUGAAAUUCAUUGUCUAUCAUGUCACAACACCAGCUGGUUUCUGAAAUCGAUCGGUCAUUUAAAUCAAGUUUUUGAGGUGACAUAAAUUUUCAUGGAUUGGGUAGGUAGCAAUCGGAACAACUAACUGCUGUAAAAGGCAUUGAAAUAUGAGGAGAAGAAGUGACAUACGUUUCGCACAUGCACAGUACAAAUCAGGUUUCCGGGACAGAUCAGGUUUCAGGUGGGUUUCUGUUUCCUGUGACUGAAGCCGGACUAGCCGACCCCAAUCACUUCUGGUCUGUGCGAAACUAAGCUAAGUUGCUUCUUGCUCCAGUGAAGGCGAGGUUUACAUUGUGUGAUUUUAUAAAUAUGGUGGAAAAUAAACUCACACUGCAGGGGAAGUAUUUACAAUGCAGAAGUUAAACUUGUGGUAGAGCUGUUGUGCUCAACUCCAUCAGCUAGCAUAGGUGUUUAUAAUAAGGUGACCAGACACAGACAACAAAUUGGUACUACUUAGUAGCAGCGCAUGCCCCCUGUAAUAACCCCCCAUUAAAACUGUUGUUCAGAGCUGCAUGCAACAAGCUUACUUGCGCUUCCUACCGACUCAGAUACCGCAAUAACCAUUGUUUUAGUCCAAAUGCAACCUUUUUUUUUCUCAUUAAUGAAACACUUAAAUCGAGGACAUUUCCGGGGUCAGCUUUAGCCGGGGACAGGUCAUCCAAAACGGGUAAUGUCCCUGGAAAUCAUGGACGUCUGGUCAUCUUAGGUUAUAAACUCCCCUGGACAAAGCCGGACAGCCCCCCAAAAAAGAGGACAUGUCCGGGUAAAAGAGGACGUAUGGUCACGCUAACAGCGAAAAAGAAAAAAAAAUAGACAGGGUGGAGGAUUUCUUCUUCUCCUCUCUCGUGGUAAUGAUGCCAACAGUAAUGCACAUGGACACUUUAUUCACCUUGGUGUAAAGUGACAUAUCUGCAGUCAUCUGUUUCGAGCACGUUUGAGAAAAUUCCUGCUGAUUUCUCGGAGUAUGAGAUCCAUUUAAACAUCGUCUCAUACAUGACGUCAGCCGUUUGGCCUGGUUACCGUCUCCUCUCCGCUCAGGCCCGUCUGAUUGCUCUUUAAGGUUCGGAGGAAAUCUGUCUCCGAGCAACAUUUCUCAUGUUGUCCAAAAUACAGCGAAGAGAAAUCAUGUUUGUGUCCAUGUGAGCCUCAGAUCGUCUGAUAGGAGGUGGGGAGUGGGCCAUGAGACCUUCAGCGUCGGACUCGCCCGCUGAUAAUUGCUCGCGAGUCCUUGGGUCAAAGUUACAUUUGAGCCAGAGAGCGUCUUGCCUUUGUCUUGGAGAUGUCUGAGCAGCCACACAGCUGAAUUAUGGGUCCUGAGAUAAGACAAAUCAAGCGCUCUUUGUGUUUGUCCAAAUAUUUGAAACAUUUUUCAUGGCGAGUUGGCUCAGGCUCACCGCUGGGCCACUCCGAGGACUCCGCUGCUGCUGCUGCUGCUGCUGCUGCUCAGUGUACACCUUCUCUCCCUCCGCACUAACAACUCCAUCUUUUUUGGCAGAGUUUGCACUCCCCUCAAAUCCUUUUAGACCUUAAAUAUAUUUAAAGCAGCUGCAAAGCCAACAACCAUUACUGCUGUCAGAGCGAGGGCCGUCUUCCAGCAGCCCAGCAGAAUCCCCUCACUAAUAGAUCAUGAGUCAAGAUCAGGGGGGAGGAGGAUUCCUGGAUGCGGUUUGGCUGCUGUGAUGCUUAAUCAAUGUUGAACUUGUCCUCAGCUGCAGAUGGAUGACUUAAAUAAAAUCCUCUAUAGGUCGCGCUUCAGAGGGAAACUGCUCAUUACAGAAAAACACACAGCAGCCAGUCUGUGUUUGAGGAGCGGAGAACUGUUAACGGGCACAAGUGACCCAUGAGUCCAAUUUGUACUUUAGUUUGGCAUAAUCUCACACUGAGCUCAAAGCAGCCUUUGUUCAGACGGAGUGAAGAAAGCAGCUAAGAAGAGAGAGAGACGCUUUAACUCCAGCAGCCUGCACAAGUGUCUUUUUAAUGUUACGCAGAAUAAUAAUGUUACACACUGUCACUUAACUCCUCAUGUUUCUGUGUUUGUCGUUGCAGUGGCUGAUCGGAGACAGAGACAGUCACUGCGGCGUCAUCUGCUCGCGGACGCAGGGGAAGCCGGUGUGCGGCUCAGACGGGCGGAGCUAUGAGACCGGCUGUGAGCUGCAGAGGGCGCGCUGCAAAGAUAAAACGCUGACACUCGCACACCGCGGACGGUGUCGAGGUGAGAACUCAUGUCUGUUAGAGUUUGUGUGUGCUGCAAAAGUACGAAUGCAUGAUAUUGAUAACAGCAGAUAUUAACAAUGCCAAAAAGUGAUGCGUUUAUUAUGUGCAUGCAAUAACAGUUUACAUAUUUAUAUUUAUAGUUGUGAAACAUUAUUGAUUGUCUACAUUAGAAAAAUACUGAUAUAUUUCACCAUCUGUAGGAGAAUCACAUUUUUUUUGUCGUCGUUUGUUUCCAAAAUCCUUUAGAGUGAAAAAAGCCUGAAUAUCUCAAAAAAAGUUUAAAAAUAUCGACAUUCUGGAUAUCUGCAUAAAUACGAUAUUGUGCACCCCUAUGCUAACGUACAAAGAGGCAUUUAAGACGGCUAAGAGCGGCUGAAGGAAACUCUGAUUAGAAAUACAACUUUCUUUAAAUGUUAGCAGACGCAGUCGAGACGUAAAAACUUUCUUCAUACUCCUCCUGCAGUGCUGAUCAACAGUUAUCGUAGUAAACAGUUAGAAUUACACAAUAAUAUACAAAGUCCUGUUUGAAUUUCAUUGCAUUUACGAAAAUCUUCUGCUGAAUCAGACAAACUAAUGAAACAAGAAUAACGUGUUUGAGCAGCUGCAGAGUCGAAUCACCUGGUUCAGUUUUUAACGGCUUUCAGCAGAACCAGAUGGUAAUAAAGUAAUAUGAUAAUAAUAAUUAUGUUCAAGUUACUGUGUAAUUACCUGUAUUGAAUAAUCAUUUUGUUUUUAUUAACUUUAAACAAGUUUUUUUUACAUCUACAUAAGGAGCCGAUCCUCUUCCACAGAGGCAGUUAAAUCAUAGCGCCGAAUUAUUACCACAGCAGAGAGGUCAGACGUGGUUUUGGUUUUAGUGAGUGACAGUAUGAAAUGUAAGGAAAGGCGAAUCUGGUGGUAAAAAGAUCAUAAUUAUCAGCAUCACAGCAGCUUUUUGUUCUCUAAGGUUUCCGUCAUUUCACCUACGAGAGGGGUGAGCGAGACAGCGUUUAAAUCUAGAAUCUGAAUUUCUAUACUCUGUACCUUUAACUUGAUAUUUGUUCGCUGCUUGGUAAUGUUUAACAGGAAUCCUGAUGAAUAUCCAGGAAUUAAUUAAUCAAUCCUAAAGUUUUUCAAACCUCUGUGCCGUUUCUUUUUGUUCUCAGGGAAAACCUGGCCGAAAAUCGAUCAGUUGCCGGUCGCUCCAGCACCGACUUCCUCAUCUGAAGGGAGAGACCUGGAGCCUAAAGGUAAAGACAAGGAGGUCCUACGAACAGGGACCGGUACUGAGAGGUGGAUUAAUAUAAAAAAGUAGAUGAUACAUCCUGAGUGAUUUUCAAAAUAAAACACUAAAAAAACAGAAUUUGAAAGUCUGAAAUUAUCUAAAAAAACACUGCAAAGAAAAGUUAUCAGAAGUUGAAACUGGAACAUUUGAUCUGUAAAGUUUUAACAACACAGGAUAGUUGUAAUCUUCACUAAAAACAACCAUGACUCUGUAGUAGAAGUCACUGCAUGAGUUUAAACUCGCCUCCUAAAACAGCCGUCUGUAGACAGAACAGGUUAAACCUGCACCACCAUGUGAAUGAGGAACUUUAGAUGAACACGAUCCAGAUCCAGAUCUGGGCUCCAGCUCAUUUCAGAGGUGAGGUUGAAAACUGUCCUGUGGUCGGAAGACUCAAAGUUGUGCUGAGCGAUUUAAAGACGAGGUCAGCUUCGAUUUUUCAGUUUCAACAGUCGAUUUGUUGUUUUUGGACUCUUUUUUAAAACUCUUCUUUCUGAUUUACGAACCUUCAAAUUCUGUUUUUAUUCACAUUUUAUGAAGCGUACCAACUUUUAGGACAAGGUUGUACAUCUCACUCCUUCUCGGACUGAACGUACGAUAAACUCGAGGCUGUUUCAUGAACUCUUAUGUCCCAUGCAGUCUACAUUUGUGCAGGUUACAGAUGUGCAGGAUUGAGAUCAAACACUUGCACAUAUUAGAGAUGAUUGAAGUCAUCCAGGUCAAAGUAUUCCGGUGUGAAUGAGGCUUCAGGAAGUGAAAGAUGGCUCUGUUUCACUGAGAGCAUGUUUAAGAUGUUGCAGCAUGAAGACAGGAAACGUGGAGCGGACCGGGAAGAUGUCUUUCAUUUUCCGCCUCUCUGUAGGCGUGUAAGUUUUUACAGACGGGGAUCACACACUUCCUCAGGCUCUGGAUGCCAGCCCCUCAACAACAGCAGAGAUUGAUAGGUCUGGAGUCAAGGUUGGAACUUGGCAUUUCCCCCUCCUUCUUUCUCUUCAGCCCCACUGUCCAUGAGGAAAACAAGCGUCCCAACCAGAUCCAUUUUUGGAGCGAAGUUUCUUCCCUCUGUAUGGUUAUGCGUGGUUAUGUUUCAUAAUGACGGCGGCGUGCCAAAGGAAAGGAGAGCCGGGCAGAGCUCACACAGCCUGUGCAGAUGCAGCAGGUCUGCUUUGUUGUAAUGAAACUGCUGCUUUAUUUGAGCAGGCAGUUCACGAACCGAUCCUUGUUUACAACGGCAGAACCGGGCCAAAGCUCUGCGAGGUGUGCGUGAGAUCCAGAUUAAACACAACAGAUCAAUUUGACUACAAGACGAGCGGAUCGCAAACAGGCACAAGGAGCGAUCUCAAACAACAAACACACAAACAUUAUGAUAGUCAGACCUGCUCUUUUAUUUUCACUGUGCUGCUGUGAAAAAAUAAAAACAACAACAGGAGGACGACGACCAACACACAAGGAGAAGAUCUCAACCUGAGGGAGUCUGUCCCUGUAGGUGAAGGUCCACUACACUUAAAUACACGUUGUCCUUUCCUAUAUGUGAACUUGAGUCAUCCUCCAUGCUGCAGAGUCAAGAUGUCAAAGCCAACUGCUCUGUGAUUGGUUGAAAUUGGACACAAAUGUCUGUUUUCAAUCACAACUCCAAAGAAGUCUGUGGUUGUGUUUUUAUUUAUAACAAAGUGCAGGAUACAGUCAGUGUGAUUUUGUUUGACCUGCUUCAACAUAAAGUCAUGAAUAAAAGGCAAGAAAGUGGGAAUAACAAACAUGCUGUUAUCACCGUUUAAAGGGAUAUUCCGGCGUAAAAUUAAGUUAUGGUCAAACACAUUGUAACACAGAGUUGGACACCCCCUCCAGAGAUGAAUGUUGUCGACCGCUUGCUUCUCAAGUUAAACCAACUUUAGUAACGACCGCAGGAUAGCAAUACACAGAGCCACGCCCUCAACCAAAACGCCGCUCUAUAGCCACAAAUAAUGCUCAGAACAGCACCUAACUUCAUCAACAGGACAUAUAGGGUCACAGACAUAGUACUAGACACCAAACAUCUUUUUAACUUUGACUCAUUUCUUUAGCAAAGAGACUAAACACAACUCACCUACUCUCUUCCAGCAGCCACUUGUUUGUAGCAAGACCUCAGGCCAGUCCAUUACCGACUACAGCGGGGUGACGCAGCUCAAGGAAGAACAUUUAUGAUUAUUUCUUUAUGGAAAUACAAUCAGACCGAGACGCUAAGGCAAGAGACCUACCAUGUCUGCCGUGUGCAUACAGGAUACACAAGAACUCUAAUUGUGUUUCCAUGAAGUUGUAAUCAUAAUCGUUCUUCUUUGAGCUGCGAAACUCCUCUGCACUCAGUGAUCGACUCGUCAGGUCUCCCCCACAAACAAUCAGCUUAGUUGAGGUUUGCACGUCAAGAUGUAGACAGCUAUGUAUUGCUAUCGUGCGGUCGUUACUAGGAUCAGAUGUGGAGCGUGUUGGUGAGGUUUCUGCUGGAGAGCCCGCCAUGGUUGAAAUGAUCUGACAUAUCUUUCAGACAACAGUACAGUCUCAGCUCAUCUACUAUUUAUAGAAGAAUUAAGAAGUCUGACGGCUGCGGGUCAAAAGAUCUUCUGAAUCUCUCCGUCCUUUGAAGAUGACCAAGAUGCUGAACUCUGCAUCACACGAGACGAGGAACAUUCCCAGAACCGACUGUUCCUGUCAUCUCCAGUGACAGAAACAGUCAAUUUUCCUCAUGAAACACACGUUAGUUUUUGUGUUGUGGUGCUUUAAAUGGCGAGUCCAAAUUCAAAACAGCCGAGAACACAAACAAACAGACAGACAGACAGACAGACAGACAGACCGACUGGUGAAGGCAGCAGUAGACCAGCAACUUAAAUCCUCCGUGGAGUGAAAUGACUGUUUUUGUCAGUGGAGUCUGGUGGAUUUGGUUUACAGUCGACGAGGUUGAAGUUAGAUCUGCUUAAAAAGAGUCUCAGUUUGAUAUCAGGAGUUUUCCGGUGACUCGAGUCCUCGGCCUGUUUUCAUCCGUCCCUCGUCGUCGGACACGAGCAGCACAAUGUGUAAAGACUCUUGUUUUGGUAAGGCUAAAUAUACUCCAGGUCUGGGUUUAUAAAUUCAUGUAAUCACGUCUGUCCUCCUCGGUGACUUCAUCACACCGCUCUGGCUCGGUCCCUCUUUUCUCUGGAGGAGACGACAUGUCUGUCUCCUCUCAGGUCCAGGGACGACUUUUUUUAACUUUUAUUUAUCCAGGCGGAAAGUUAGCCAACAGUGGAGGACUGCGGUCGCACUGGUCAGCUCCUCGGUGUGGAGACACACACACACUCUUUAGAGGCAUGAGUGCAAUAAAAACAGUAGUUGCUGAUGGGAUUUUGAACCGUUGACUGGCUGGUGUGAAGCCCACUCGGUUCUCCGACCUUUCAGCCACUUCCACCUCCGUCCCCCGAGAGCCGACCUGGCUCAUCAGAGCUGCAGGAACACAGGCUCAGUUUCCACUUUGUGAAGAACAUGACGCACUCCUCGGCACUAACAAUGCGGCGCUCAUAGACGACUCCUGGCACCGCGAGUGGUCAGUGUCGAGGAAUGUGUUAUUUUAGUAUUUUUCAAAUGGUGUAAUAAAAGGUCUUUGACUCUCCUGAGCUGGAAAAACGGCUCAAACCUAUGAUUUGAGAGAAAGAGUGAAGAAACGAGUCCAGCGCUGAGUUCUCGACGUACAUCCAUCACCGAGGUGCUCUCAGGCGUGGAGAUAAUUUGGUCUUUCUUCUGGUCGCAUGUUUUCUUUCUUGGGCACUUAAAUGGAAUUAUUUGAACUUACCUGUGCAGGUGAAGGUAGACGAACAGACAGUGUGAAUACUAAUAAAUAAUCUUACGUCUGAUCUGUUGCAGAAGGAAGUCAGUCCAAGUGUCGAGUCGAGAGGAGCCAGGCUCUAGAACAAGCCAGGAGACCUCAGGAGUCCAUGUUCGUCCCAGAAUGCAACGAGGACGGGACCUUUGCCCAGGUACGUCUUUGUCCCUCUCUUUUUUUUUCAUAAAACUCUGAUCCUUUCUCUGUGACUUACCUUUCUGCCUCUGCAGGUCCAGUGCCAUACUCUGACAGGGUACUGCUGGUGUGUCACCAGUGACGGCAAACCAGUGAGCGGCUCCUCGGUGCACAACAGGACCCCCGUGUGUUCAGGUACUGGUGGUAAAGCAGGACGGCAGCCUGUGGAGGACAUUUAGAGUUUUUAAAGGGUCAUUUUAAUCUACGAGGUUCCUGAUAGGUCAUUUCUGAUCAAACAUCCGUCACCUCUCAGCAGAGUGAACAUUAGGCUGUGAAUACAGAGUUUUGAGAUCAAGCAGCUCCUGAUCAGCUGGAUGAAUUUCUGGCAUGUUAGAAAUUUGGGUCAGCAGACUGUGUCCUCUCCCUCAGUGACAGCAGAGCUAACUCAGCUUCAGGCCUUUUUUUUUACCUGACUGAAACAGGUUGCAUGAUGCAGACCUAAAUGUGAAGUGAUUCUGAGCCCAUGCAGUGAAUUCCACUCCAGAGUCGAGUCUGUUUUCAAUGCAAAGUGUCCUGAGAGACUUUUGGUUACAGUUAAACUGAUCUCUCACCGUUCUCUGGGCACAUGUGGUGCAGAGCAGGUGCAAGGUCAACGAGGAGGCUAAUGGCCAUACAUCCAGGGGCCUCUCAGCACCCCCGUCCUCCUCACACUGAGCCUGAGGAGAGAGAGAGAGAGAGAGAGAGAGAGAGAGAGAGAGAGAGAGAGAGAGAGAGAGAGGGAGCGGUCUGGGCUCACUGGUCCUGGAUGGGAACACUUUCUGAUAAUCACCAUCAUUUUCCCUCAGAAGAUAAUACUCAGGGCUCUCUGCCAGAAUCAGAUUGCUCAGCCACUGGAGCAUAUGGUGUAAAUUUUGUGUGGAGAGUGUGGUGAAAGUGGUCGCAUGCCCCUGUGGAGCUGCCGUAACGGACCGCCAGAGGCUUCCCGCUCUCUCUUUAUCUCUCUCUCUCUUUCUCUCUCUUUCUGCUUUCAUCUCCUUUUCUCUGUUUCCACUUGUUCCACUAAUCGCCUGUUUAGCACCUGCUGAGUUUCAGGACUCUGAAUAGAGUCUCAGUGAAGUUUUUUGUUUUAAUUGAUGCAGGGGAGCAUCACUGAGUCCUACGAAAGAGGAUCAGGGCCACAAGAAGAGAAAAAAAUAAUUACAGGAAGCAGAUUUUUUUGAUUUCCAUUUCGAGAUUAAAGCCGAAAUUUAAAAAGCAAAAUGAAAAGAAACCAUUUUGCACGAAAGCGGCAACCUCGUAAUCUUGGCACUGUCUUUUCAGAGUCUGAAUACUUACGAUCACACGCUGUGUUUGUGAGCUAAAAGAGCAAGAAUUUCCUUAUUACUAAAUCCAGUUCUUAAGUCCAGCAAACUCUUCUACAGAGGACAUGUCGAGUGACGAGUGACAAUGCUGUUGAUUUAUUAUCAUUAAUCUCAACAUUACGACUUUAUUCAUGAAAUUUCGUCUUUAUUUGUGACAACUUUAGUCUCAUAGUUUUAACUUUAAUCUCCAAACUUUGACUUUAAUCUCAAAAUUUUAAUUUUUUAUCUUGAAAUUUCGACAUUAUUCACAACAUUUUGUAAUCGCAAAAUUUCGACUUUAAUCUCACAAUUUCAAAUUUGAUCUCAAAAUUUUAAUUUAAUUCACAAAAUUUCAACAUGUCGACUUUAAUCUCGAAAUUUCAACUUUAAUCUCAAACUUUUAUGUUUUAAUCUCGAAAUUCCGACAUUGUUCACAACAUUUUUGAUAUUUCGUAAUUUUGAAAUUUUGACUUUGACAUAAUUUCAAUUUUUUUAAUCUCAAAAUUUCGACUCUAACCUGAAAAUUUCAACUUUAAUCUCCUUCCUGCAGUUAUUUAUUUUCUCUUCAUGUGGCCCUAAUCCUCUUCCGUAGAGUCCACUCUAACUUUAAUAGUCCAUCCUCAGAUCUGCCCAUAAUGUUAGCAUUAAGUCGCUGUAGGUUAAAUCUGGAACUUUGAGUCGUUAGUUGGUCAGUCUGGUUAAAACUAAAGGGAGACCAGCUUAUUCACUUAUCAUAGAGUUUUGGCCCAAAGCUGUCAAGUGUUGAGUUUCUUGCAUGUGAGCUUUCACGGCUGUCUGCUGCUCGAGAUCAUAAAUGAAAAUAUCUUCAUGUUUUUGUCCUUCGAUGUGAAAAUGUCGCUCUGCUGCGUCUUUCUGUGCUCCCAUUGGCUGUUUUCCAUCACUUUGUUUAAAAUAUUGCUGUGUUCGAAAUUACGUCACACCCGAGUUCAGAGCGUUUCAGUUAUCAAGUCGAAAAAAAGCAAAAUUGUAGGCGGAAACAAGAUGGCUACAUCUAUGAAAGAGGAUGCUAAAAUAACUUAAAAUAUCUAAAAUGACAAGCGCUAAAAUAACUUUCGUAGAUGUAGCCAUCUUGUUUCCGAUUUUGCUUUUUUCUGACUUGGUAACUGAAACUCUGGUAACUCGGGUGUGACGUCAUUCCCAACUCCAACAUCUGACGUCUGAGGUAACUCCAACGCAGCUUUAGAUCACACAUAUUCAUGGUUGAUUCCCCAAAUAUAGAAAAUCCACUAGAUGUUCAGGCUGAUUCUGGUCCUGAUUCAAAGCCUCGUUCAUCUGAACCAAAUCUCAGUUUAGAUCCCCUCCUUUUAAACAUGUUAGUAAACAUCCGUAUGUCUAGUUUGUGUCCUGCAUAAGAUCCGAUAUCUUCAUUGUUUCUUGCAAAGGUAUGUACGCCAUUGGAGCGCCAAUACGGACACAAAAACCUGCUACUACAGUCGUACACGCCCGACCCGUCCUCCCUCUCGGCUCAUGACAAAUCACUUUUACUGACGUGUUUGGACUCCCCUGUUCACUGUGACCCAAAUCAAUCAUCUCACAUACGUUUGCAGGAAACUUCCGUGAAUUUAUGGGAACUCAUGCUGGGACAAGUGGAUUGUCAGGUAGUAAAUUUCCUGUUUCCAGUUGACUCUAAAUUUCCCCCCUUUGUGCUUGUCUAUUGUAAUUGGUUGCCCUCUCUGAUAAUAAUAAAAACUCUUUUGCUCCUCGCAUCCGUGCAUGAGACCGACUUCCUGCAUGCACCAAAUAUAAGUUUAAUAUAAUCGGGGAAUGUGCUACCCUCUCAGUCUCCACGGGUGUUUGUUAAGAUGAUGCAACACGCCGGACGUGUGCCUGCGAGCAAAUACUAACGGAAUGAUCAAAUUAAGAAUGUGUUCAUCGAACCGACAAACUCCUGCAUCUAACUCGGAGUUUGGAGGUGAAUGGGAUGGAUCAUCUGUGGAGGGGUGUUUCCAAACAUUCAAUCUUCAUUUUGAAUCUCAUCAAAAGCUCAAACCAUAUUAAUAAUCAGGUUUAUUUUUGGUAAUUUUAGAUGAUUUCUCCACUUUAAAUGGAUCGCCUACAUGUCUAAAUCUCUGAAUGUUUUGGUGGUGCUGUCUAGUCUUUACUUCGCACAUGUUAUGUCUUUUUUUUGUCCCUUCCAGGGUCAGUAACCGAUAAACCACCUGGGCCACCGAACUCUGGUAGGAAAGGUGAGUCGAGCUCUGCUGCAGGUUGUGCGUGCGUGCAUGUGAGCGUUUCUAUUUGUGUGAAAGAGACAGUAAGCGAGCGCCAGUUCAGAAUGUCUUUUGACCCGAUUUUGUUCGAUUGGAUCCGUGCAAAGUCCACGUUUGUGCAGAGCAGUGAUGGAGAUCUGCGCUGAAUGACAGCAUCUCUCAGAACCAGAACUCCCCCGCCUCUGUUUUUGCAUGCGAGUUUAACGGCGUGCUCUUGAAAUUUGCCCCGUAGACAAAACUUCAGCGUAGCUAAUCCUCCGAUAUUCAAAUAUUUGCAGAGAUAUCUUCCUCGGACAAAUCAGACAAGUAGCUUCUCCGCCUCAGACGCAGAAUACAAACGGGAUUUCUCUGCUUUAACUGUUUCAGGGUGGAGUAACAACGACAACAACAUCACAGUGUUUGCAGUGAGAGUUUAUAGACGUGUUAAAUCUCUCCAAAUCCAAGUUUUACAUGCAAACACGUGUCAAGCCAUAACCACUCUACGUCUUUCUACAGAGCUAGGAUGUGUAGAUGCAGUAGACUCGUGUUGUUGGUGGUAGGGUCAUCAGACAGUGAAGUCGAGCUUUGAUUUCUGAUGUUUACAAUAAUUGUGUUUUUCCUCCUCACAGUUUGUAGCUCACAGUCCAGACCUGGAUCAAACAUUAAUUGAGAAAUCCUGUAAGUUACAGAAUGUGUUUCAACAUGCCCAGCAUGCAUCACCAGUCUGUUUUUUUUUUUUUUUUUUUACAAACAGGAGAGAUUUAUGGAGAAUAAAUCAGAAAAGUUCACGUACUAAACUGAAUCAUAUUUGCAGGAAGCUUUAAACAAAUACUGGUCCAUGAGCCAGGUUUGCACUUGUCUGAGACUAAUCUAGCAGCUGAUCUACAACCCCGGUUCUCAAAGACGGAGGGAGUCUGUGUGAAGUGUUCAUGACACGAGGAACUUAUGAAAAACGAUUUGAUGCCAGCAACACUUUGAAAAAGACGAGACAAGUUUAUUUUAACGGUGCAAAAAAGUUUGGGAACCAAGGAGACCAGGUCCUGGAGUUUGGACUGACUCCGAGAGGACCCUCUUCUAGGGCUGCACGAUGUUAGCCAAAAAUAAAAUCCAGAUUUAUUUUCUGAAAACUUGAUUUUGAUUUUUUAUUCAGUGCCAACUUCACCAAACUUCACUUUGAAAAUAAAAAGUUUUUCUAUCAUCUCUUAAAAUGUAACAACUAAAAAUGAUGUAGUUCAUAUGCCAAGCUAGUAAGUGGCGCUGUAACGCUGCACAAAAAAUUCACAAAAGACAGAAGAAGAGUACAGAGCGCGGGUAUAAAGGUUGUUUUAGCGCCAUAAAAGAGUUACGCUGUGUGUCACAUGAUCGUUUCCAGAGAUGCAGAUAGACAUCCACACAGAGAUGAAAUGGUCGUCAUUUAUGGAUUUAUGCACUCUCUGACCCGUAACUCUGACAGUAACUCCAGUGCAAAUAAGGAGAAAGAGGAGAUAAAUAAUAGAUAAAAUAAGUAAAAAUAAAGAGAUUUAAAAAAAAAAAAAGUAAAAAAAAUAAAAAAAUAAAGAGAUAAUAUAAAGAGAUGAAGAGGUGGGUGUGGGAAUUGGGGAGCGCUCCUGCAGGAGGGGGGAGCCUACGGUGGCCUGGAGGCGCAAGACGUGAUAGAGAGGGAAAUUGUUUUAAUUGUUUUAACAUCGUCAUUAUCAAAUUAUCUGAUUACGAUUUAAAAUCAAUUAAUCGUGCAGCCCUACCCUCUCCCCUUCAGAACUGAGAACUCUGUAUCCAUGAUUUUCAGUUUUAAACGUCCCUAAAGAGCUGCUGCUAUUUCUGGAUCAUGUUUACAAAUAUUUCCCCUCUUUGCACGGCAGAGUUUGAGCCAUGCAGCGACUUCCACUACAGAGUCAUGUCUGUUUUUAGUGAUAUGUGGCCUCAGGGCUCCCUGUCCUAACAUUGAUACCUGUUUUGAGCAUCAGAUGUAAAAUCAACACACACUUUUAUAUAUUUUCCACUUUAUAUUUUCCAAUAUUUGUUAUUUUGUCUUUGGACUAGUAAGAAGCAUUUUUUAAACUUUUUCAUCAACAUUUCACACAUCAUCCGUCUGUUUUUGGAUCGGGGUUGUAUUUCAUUCAAAGAUGAAUCGAUCAGCUCAGUUUGAAUUGAAGUGUUUUUAGCAUCUAUAGUCGGGCUCCGGUCCUCUGGGGUUUGCUUUUAAUUGGCUUAUUUCCUAAAGGCUGUUCCAGACGCUGCAGAGCUGCACACGGGUGAGUAUUUUAGAGAAGCUGAGUUUGCUGAACAGAACUGAAGAUUACACCGAGAGGACCCUGAGUGUUUCAGACGGUCUGCAUAGUUCCUCUAUCUUCUUCUGCGGCAGUAUAAACAGUUUCCCUCUUGGGCUGAAACAUUCAGUGUUUUUGUUUGAUAGUAAACUUUGAUACCGCCUGAAACGGUUUUAUUUCAUAUGGGUGAGAGCCAAACACCAGACAUGCUUGUUUUUUAUUUAUCAAAUCCUUAAUCCUGACAAAUUUAUCAGGGAGAUCAAAUCUAUCUACUCUCUGUUUGUAUAAAGAUUUCCACGUUAUUAAGACAGCGGGUGAGAGUCAGGGCAGCGAGAAUGAGAUGUUCCUCACGGUUCUUCACCACAUUACUUCUCAGAUAAUCUGGAUUUCGAUUUUUGAGUAAUUCUCAUGGACGAAACUGCAAGUCACAGACAAUUUCUCAUGUGAUGCUGGAGCUACAAUUAUGGUCAGAGUGUGGAUACUUCAGAGCCCGCAGUGAUCUCCACCGAGUCUGAGUCGUUGAGACGUUAUAGUGGACGGCACUGUGGGCAGACAAACCCACGAAAACACUGAACCAUCAUCGGCAUUGUCUUAUUUUGACACAGAGAUGAUGAAGUUCACAUAAUCUUCACCUCAGUGUUUGGAGAAGUAGUGGGUGGGCCUUUCUGUCCCCAUCAACAUGAACUACACCUGCACCACCGCGCUCAUGCGGGUCCUGAUGGGUGCAGGGUUGGUGCUCAUGUGAGUGUAUGCAUGCGCGUGUGUGUGUCUGAGUGUGUGUGUGUUUGCUGAUGUUGGUGUGAGGGUGUCAGAGUUGAUUUAUAGAUAUGUGUGUGUGUGUGUAGAACCACAUGUGGGUGGUCGUCCUCUGUUUCUCUCUCUCUCUCUCUCUCUCUCUCUCUCUCUCUCUCUCUCUCUCUAUAUUCUCUGUCUUGGCCGGGCCAUGUGCAAAUCCCAACCAUUCAACACUUCUGGAGAGUAGAUUGUAUUAACCUCAAUAAUGGUAGUCUCUUUCCGUUUCUUUCUCACCCUCAACCCAGAUGACGGCUCCAAGCCCACACCCACCAUGGAGACCCACGUCCCCCCUGAGGGUGAUGGUAAGCCCCGUUUGUUGACCCUUCUACCUGCUGUUCUUAAUUCAAUCGAGGGAGACAGAUCGGUUGGGAUAGAGAUGGAUGGUAGGGCUGGGCGGUACGUCCUAAAUAUAAAGUUUCUGGGUGUUUUUGGUGGUAGCAGCAGAUAAGUAGGGUUGGGUAUCGUUUGAUUUUAAACAAUUCUGGUUCCGAUUCCAAUUCCGGUUCCUAACGAUUCUCGAUUCCGAUUCUUUUAAAAUGCAGGAUAUAUAUAUAUAUAAAAAAUGCUACGUUUAAAUGAGGGUGCUAACCAGAAUUCUUCUUUUUGGAUGAAAUUUCAGAACUUCUCCAUGAAUUUUUAAAUUUUAUUAACUUUUUAAGAACUUUACUUUGAAUUUCUCACAUUUUCAACCAGUAAAUAAAUAUAAAUUUUUGUUGUCAGGUUGUUUGUCUAUGAAAAAGUAAAAAAGGACUAACGUUAGUUGGAUAUAUAAGUUGACCCACCAUACACAGUACAAUUUGUUUGUUGCUUCAAUGUUCGCAGAAGACAGAAGUCAUUUAUCGUCUGACUUACCUGAUUCUGGCUGGUUAGCGGAAGACAGACGAAGCGCGUCAAGGACAGGCACUCAUGUUGGUCGUUCACCCUCCUUUACAUGAUCUGAUGUGAUAAGAGUUCGUUCUUCCUGCUGGAGUUAGCCAAACUUUUGACUGCCGCCGCUGUGGGUUGCAACGCAAUCUCGCUCUCUCUCUCUGUCUCUCUUCUCUCUCUGUGUGGUUUCGUCUCGUACGCUUCGUCCUUGUUGGUGUUCGGCGGCUAUUUCUUCCGGUCGGCGGACUCCGGCAUUGAAACUUGGAAUCGGAAUGUUAGUCUCAGUCCCCAUCGAUGCUCAAGACCUGAUGCCCAACCCUACAGAUGAGAGUCUAACAUGAAUCUGGUUCUGCUCGAGGUUUCUGCCUCUUGAAGGAGUUUUUUUUCUUGCAUAAUACUGUUUCGCUCAUGGUGGAUUAAGACGGGAUGAGAGUUGGCCUGAUCUUACUCAACCUUAUCUUCCUUUGUUUCGUCUCUUUGUGGAUCUUUGGCUGUUUUAGAUGUUCAAACAAACUUGGCGUGUUUCUAAUUUUAGUUGUAGCAGCUUUUGAGCCAGUUUUAGUUUGGACCUGGUACCACCAAACUGGACCAGUUCCUAAUGACAGCAUUUUUACUGGAACAAAUUCUUCAUAAACACUAGCAGUCAUGUUUUUGUCGCUGUUAGUGUUUCUAUAGGAACUAAACAAGUGUAAAGGGUGUGAAGACAGAUAACGAGGAUGUCUUAGAAACAUGCGUUGAUCUAGUUUAUCGCCCAAAGUUGAGUUAAUCUGAUAAAUGGGUCCCCACCUUGAACGGCUACUAUGGAGUGUCCCCACAAAUAUGAAUGAGUACUUUCGUUUUUUAUUUUUUCUCGAAGGGAAAAUUUGGCUCACUGAUUUUCUGCUCAUUUAUCUUUAAAGCUGUCGGACAGAUUGUUCCAGCGUUUGUAUAAAAUUUCAGGGUGUCAAGAUUUGAACCAUCAAACUCAAGAUGGUAUUCCUUAAAAAUACACCACAAUACCGAGCGGAAAACACAAGCGGCCAAAAAUACAGCAUGACAAAUGUGAAGCUUUUGGAAAUAUUCGGAUUUGGAUGUGGUUUUGAGUUUUGGUUUAGUGAGGAAAGUUUGGCUGUGCGAGUCAAAAAUGCAGCUGUUGAUGAAUGGAGUUAAACAAAGCUUGGCAGAGGUGAAUUCUCUUUCAUCUUAUUGAUGCGUCUCUCUUUGUCUUCCUGUCACAGCAGAGAUUACCGCUCCAACGCUGUGGAUAAAACAGCUGGUUUAUAAGGAGAAUAAACAGAACAGCUCCAGCUCCAGGAAGCAAGGUAAGAGAGAGAAACGCUGCCUCAUUCACAGAACGUUUAACAGAAAUAUACUCAGAUUAAAUGAGUGAAGCCGGCCUGGGAUAAACCACAAUCUCAUCUUGGUACAUCCACCUGCUUAACCAUCACAAGGAUGUAAAUACUGGCCACAACCAGACAACCAGACUUUUGGAAAUCAUGCUGACCCGGCCAAGAAUUCGAUAUUCAGGCCAAGGUCAGAGAAAUUCAAAUAUUUGCUUAAUGAUUCCGCAACCGGAUGUUAGGGACUGGUUCUCAGUACCCAAUCCUAGUUAUGACCAUGAUGGGCUGUUUUAAUAAAAUUUGAUUGAAAGUUGGCCUCUACAAAAAACACAAAAUAACCGUUUUUCAUGAAUGUUCAUUGUGAGUGUAAAGUCAGGCUCUCUCCUCCACACAAUAGAGCUCACAGACACUCGAUUGUAGCACCAGAUUUCUUGGUAAUGGACUGAUGGUGGAGGAAGCUGUGGUCAGGGCAGAACUGAGGAUUGAAUUUUAGAUGAGCUGUUCUCUUUGACAGCUCUUUGAGACUUCAUAGAAAAAAAAAACAGUUUCCUGCUUUCAAUUAGCAUCCGCUGUCCUUAAAGUUCGAGUGACGAGGCCGCCUGAGGAGAGAUGUAACAGCGUAUGACGCAUAAGUAAUGUAUGUGUAUGCAUCUGCAGCUGUAUGUGAUUGCACACAGUAUGUGUAUGCACAUGUGUAUCCGAAGGAGAUUAUGCUGAGUAGGUGUUUUCAAUAUGAUCAACGUGUUCCUCAAAGCAUGAAGUCUUCGUCACUGGUUGCGUGGUAUAUUGUUUCAUGAUGCUCCAAAUGUCGUCAGUAAGUGACAAGUCAGGACCGCAUCAGACCAGUUUCUCAGCAGGACUCUUCUCCUACAGAGCCAUGUUGUCAGAAUGUGGUUUGAGAUCAUAUGAAGGUCUUCCCUGAAAAUGUCUUUGUCUAGAUGUCAGCAGCUGUUGCCUCUAAACCUGGAGAUAUUGUUUAAACUGAGGAUGCAGCGUCUAUGAUUUCCAGUUCUUCGUUGAAAGGACAACUGGACUCACUCAAAACGUCUCAAGUGAGUUUAGUUGUCAACGCAAAGAUGCGAUUAGACGCUCCUACUACUCUGACGGCGUGAAUGACGCGAAUUGGAAAAUGUCUCAACUUAAGUGGAUAUUCUUGUCGCGAUAACCAAUCAGCACGAAGGUUGCCUGGUGACGUAUGAAAAUGGACGGUUGUUCUAGUGUAUCUAGAAUGGAGGACAAACUGAUCGUGUCGGUGUGUGGGUGCCCCGAAUUAUAUGACACCUUUUCUUUCGAUUACCGAAACCGGAAUAAAAAGGAGUUCACCUGAAGGCAAGUGAGCAGGGAGGUCGGAUUACCUGGUAAAUUGUAAAUGAAAAAACGUUGUCUAUCACUUGAUCCCGCCAGUGAAUUGGCAAGGAUUACCGUUGACGCGCGAAUAAAGCGAGUAAAUACUAUUCAUUCACGUGUCUGGAUUCAUGCAAAUUAAGCAAGAUGAUUUUACUCGCGCUUUGUGUGAGCGACCCAUUAGAAUGGGGUUGCAAAGUUUGUCACCACCAGCUCAGUUGACUUCUUGAGUUCGUAGGGAAAAGUCCAGGCAGAGUCCAGUGAGAAUUUUAGCUGUUUUAAGUUUUAAAAUUUUGGGUAAGUUUUAAGGAGCUUUGUCCCUGGAUGUUUGUGGAUAUAAAAGAUCUUUGUUUCUGGUUGUUUCAUUAUUGCAAAGAAGAGAAGAGUCCUGAGAAUUCAAACUUCUCCUCUCUGUCUUUUCCCUCUUCCAUGCUGGAAAACCUGAGUCCUCCUGUGAGCACAUAGGCAAGGUUAUUCAUUUUUGGCUCUCGGUGUCCGGAUACCCCAUAAUUAUGAUUUAGAGUGAUGCAGAGAUGGGGUUUGUGAAAACGUGUUUUCUUAGGCAAAGCAGUGCAAAGUCUAAUUUUCAAAGGGAUGCGUUGUUGCCAGACUUGGACAUGCUGUUGCUCCAGUGUUGUAAGGAGAGGAAGCGCUCUGUCAGGCAGCUCAUUUGUUCAAGCGUGUGGAGAACCAACUCGCUUACUUACUGUUUUUGGGCAAACAAAAGAAAAACUUCUUUUCAAAGGCCUGUAACGUGAGAGUGCCGAAAACCCCAGGAGCGAGUUUCUUCUGCUUUCCUCGUUCGGAGCAGAAUGCACUUGGUUUUUAUUUUACAGCACAAUAAGUGAUGACAGUGCAUUUAGUCAAGCUUGCAAUAAUGUGUUGAAAAGUAACACAAUCACUGUCAAAAAACCUCCCUCUCAUGUCUAGUUUUGGUCAUAAACACACCUACUUCAUACCUACUCCCAGAGUUCCCCUAUUACUAACAUUUCUGCUAUUUUAACUGCAGAGGAGGCCUGCGAGAGACAAUAUUGCAGUGAUUAGCCCACAGCUGAAAGCCAUUGGAGUGAAGCGGAGAGGAGAGAGCGCUGGUGAUGGUGGGGGUGGGUCCAGAGAGAGGGGGGUAUGAGGAUAGAGAGGAGCAGGAGAGGGAAGGAGAGAGAAGCUACAGAGUAUGAGUGCGAUGAUAAACUGUGCAGCACAGAGAGGAGAGAGAGAAAAAUAAAGAGAGGAUGAUUUAAAGUGAGAGGAAUAAAGUGAGAGAGGUCGAAGAUGCUGCAGACGAUCAUCUUUUCUUCAUUACCAGUUUGGCCAGAAAGAAAAUCACCAAAACAACAAGUAAAUUGUUAGAAAAGUCUCUGACAUCUACGUGUGUGGGGUUUUUGUUUUUUAGGUUUGCAUUUCUCAUCACUCGGUUCCUGCCAAAAGGAAGGGACAUCAAAUCGAAAAAGAAACAAAAAAUAAAAAAUAAAUAGAGCAGAAAUGCAAGGCAGGCAAAGAAGCGGUGGAUUGAGUUUCACUUCCACACCGAACUGAGAGGAUUACAUUACAAGUGUCCAGCCUUUUUCCAUUUAUAUGUAUAAAAACUAUUUUCUUUUGGGAAUCCUAGCGCCUGGCGCCAGCAUAACCUCUGUAUAAUAAACAGUGCUAAAUAAUUUGGAUGUGAAGGAGCCUUGGCGAGGAGCAGCGGCACGGCACGGCGCUAAGAACACUUGAGAGUGAGUCUCUGCAGGAGAAAAAGUUCUUUUGUGUAGGGACACGUUUAGUUUUCUGUUGGCAGACGUGAACAACCCUUACACACACACACACACCUCUCAUCCUGCUCGGCCAGGCCUGAGAUCUGCUGCUGAACCUGCCACAACUGACUUAAAGCUCCAGGGAGGAAUUUUUUAGCUGGUUGUGAAACAGACUGAAACUUUAAUUAACUCUAACGUGUCUUUAUGACCAAAAAAAAGCAAAAAAGAUUAAUAAUUAUAAGGGGGUGGGGGUAGGGGACAGACCGAGUGUUAAACAAACGCAUUCUUGUUCACGUGUUAAAAGGCAAAGAUCUUUGUUUAGCGGUUUAUUUGGCCAAUAAAAGGCAGCAGGAUCAGGUUUGUUGUCCAAAACAAUAAAUAAGUAAAGCAAUCUUUGACCCCCAGGGGGCACCAAAAUCGACACAAACCAAAAGUUCCUUACAAGGGCUUUAAUCAACAAGUCAAGAACAAAUAUCUGUUGUGUGUUUUCCAGUUUUACUCUUUAGAAAUAAGACCAAUUUCCGUGCUUCCUUUUGUCCAUCCUCCACAGUUCUCACAUAAUCGUAGAAUGUAAACAUGCCGAGAGUCGCAAGCUCUCUGUCUCCUCCUGUGGUCAUCAUGUAUGUCCUGAUUGUGUCGCCUCUGUAUUGAGUGUGUCUCUCAUGGUUUUAGAGAAAGUUCCCUCUUGUGACCAGGAGCGACAGAGCGCACUGGACGAGGCUCGGCAGAACCCUCGUGAGGCCAUUUUCAUCCCCGACUGCGGUCCAGGCGGUCUCUACAAACCGGUCCAGUGCCACCAGUCCACGGGCUACUGCUGGUGUGUUCUGGUGGACACGGGACGACCUAUUCCUGGAACCUCCACGAGGUAAAAGUCAUAUUUUCUUUAUCGUAAGCUGUUUCAGUAUCAUCGGAUAUACCUGCACACUAUGUAUACAGUGGAUUUAUAGUAAGGGUUAACAUUACCCUCUAAUGGCAUCAAGAGUGGGAUUUGAUUUCUUUACAAACUGGCUAACAUUAACUUCGUCUGCAAAACAAACUGGAGGGAAGCUUUUAUUCGCCACUGCCAAGCAAACCAAUCACAGGGCUCGCAGUCUGCACAGUUUUUCGAGAAGGUGCAUAAAGGUCUACACCAACAUGCAACUCCUAAGACCUAUGGCGGAGCAUGAACCAGGCUCCAUGUGCUGUACUCCUAAUUUCAGCCCAGCAUCCACCUGCAGGUUCAGAGUGAGGGGUCAAACCCCUAAUUUCUACUGAAUCCCAAACGGCUACGAAAAGGACUUAUCUGCCAAUCAUAGCCGAUUGUAACCAUCCAAGUAAAUGUGUCAAUUUCAACCGUUUUCUAUCCGUUCCGCCACAGAUCGCCGGACGCAAGAGUUCUAUUUUUUCCGGACGUCGGAGCAUGCCGGAUAAAUUCAGCACAGAUUAACCCGUGCUGGAAAGGAAGUCGGGCACAGACACAAAAUAAAACAUCCGGCUUCUUUUCAAAAUAAAACACUCCGUGUUUCAGGAGGAUCGUAUUUCACACCAUGCAAACGGGCGGAGACGAACAAGUGAAAGGUUUUUAGACGUCAUUUCACCCCGAUGACACCAUGGAUGAGGAGAUGCUGAUUCUAGAAGUCUAGAAGUAGAUUUCCUCCUCUGGAAGAAAAUGUAGCUGUCUUUAAAGAGACAACUCGCUAUCACACGGUUGCACGUGAAUCCACAGGUUCUUGUGAGUUCUCGCGAGUCCCGCUGUCCGUAAUCCACUGCGAAAUUCUGGCAGGAAUUGGCGGACUGUAAAAAACUGUAGCCGUUCUAAAUGAGGUGAAAAUUCGGGGCAAGAUAUCGUCUCAUCACUCCUGAAUUGUCUGCAUGUAAAACUGGAAGGAGUGAGGAGGUCGGAGCCUGGAUUGCUGCUGCUCGAGACAAAAAUCAGAAAAUUCAAAUCAGACUACGCAAAUUUAAAAGUUCAGUUUUGGUUAAAUCACUGCAGUAGAAAGAGUUUGUUUUUCUUCUUCAUUGAAAAGUUGUUGGAUUGACCAAAGACCAAGGUUUCCAUCCUUAAAGAUAACAGCUAGAAGCUUCUUUAACUGCUCGGACCGGAGGAUCCGAGCAUCUGUUCAGUCUUUGUAUUUGGCAAACCGGUGAAGUCUGCAGCUUUGGUAUGAAAAGCACUGAGCCGACCGUAAACACUUGAUGUUUGGUUUGUCGUUUGUGUUUAUGUUUCCUUCAGGGGAAUGGCAGCGUGUCUCUGCAGAGGGAGGGAUCAGGCAGCAAGGACACGUUAAAUAAAUGAUGCUUAUUGUUUAUGUUUUGGUUGUUUAAAAAGAGAUUCCUGGUUAGUAUCUGGACGGUUUAAAACAUAGAAGAAGACAAAGGACUGUAAGCACGCAGAGGAGAAAAGACGAGCUGUUUUUGUUCCUGAAGAGGCGUCAUUACUCUCUGUCUCUGCGAGGUCGUUUCUAUUUCACAGGAGGAGCUUCAGACUUUUACUGAAUGAAACUUUGAUUUUAAUUUCUGGGAAAUCAGCGAGUUUUUAAUUUGCAGGCCCUAAAACUCCCACAGAAAUCACAGGCGUGGCAGCACAACUUACUGACAUCAUUCUUCUCGUCUGUGUUUCAGAUAUAUUAAAUGACAACCUUGAAGCAAUUAUUUCCACACAGAAGAAUCUCACAUAUUUUUGACUAGACCUCACGUCACUCAUUCUAAUUUCUUUCCUCUGGACAGCAACGCUCAAAAUCCUGCAUCAGAGAUCCCACCUCUGAAAAAAAAAGACAUGACAACCUGCUUUAACUUUAAAGAAAAAAGAAAAGAGUCUAAAUGAAACACACAUGCUCAAUUUUCCAUCCGAUUCAAGAAGCACUCAGACAAAAGCCAGGAGAAAACGAGUCAUGCCACGCAUAAUGCCGAACAGUUUGUAAAGGCUCCGAAUCGAACCCUCGAGGCACGUCCGAUGAUGAUGAUGAUGAAGAGUUUGUGCAAAGAGAGGUUUAUCAGGACCGAUCAGUCUGGAGGUCAGACCGGUCCGCAGAGGCAGAGAGGAUCUUUGUCCAUCAAAUAGAGUCACUCAGUUUUUAUCUCAGUGUUUGGUUGAGACAUCACUUCUGUCUUCCUCCUCCUCCUCUUCUCUCCUCUCUGUGAAACAGGUACCAGACGCCUGAGUGUGACGGAGCGGCACGAUCUCGAGUCUCAGAUACUGAAGAUCCUUUCCAAGGCAGAGACCUGACAGGUCUGACUCUCCUUUAGUCUCAUCUCUUACUGCUGAAUGUGUUUGUUUGCUCCUGUGGACUUUCCUCUUAUUGCCAAUUUGACAGAUUUCCAAAAAGAAUUAGAAGUAAUUUUCGACACAAACUGCUCUUGUUUUUAUGACAGAAGUAACAAAUAACAGACGCCCAAUAUCUGACCUCUGACCUUUAAUUUUGCAGCGGAUUCAGCUGAGGACAUUUAGCUGUUCACGCCUUUAUCAGCUCUGUGAAAUCACUCAUAAUCCACCGUAUACUGAGUUCUCUUACAGGAUGUUUUCAGGGCUGAUAAGAACUGAAUACAAACAUAGUUAAUUAAUCUAGUUAGUUAAUUAAACUAACUAGAUUAACACUGAAUCGUUUCAUUAGGUACACAGCUAAUUUGUUUGACUUGCUUCCUUUUCAGAGUUAUUUUCAAGCACAUCUUCUGUUUAUCUAGGGCUGGGCGAUUUUUUUAAGAUUUUGAGUAAUCUCAUAAUUUCUUAAAUUACUCAGGAUCAAUCCCAGUUUGUUUAAAAUUCCAUCAUUUUGCAUUUUAUAAACGUUUUAAGUUUAUAUGAACAAUGAAAAGUGAUUCUCAUCAGUGUUUUGAUUUAGGACUCAAAAAAAUGAAAUGAAACGUACUCUAGGAUCUCAACUUGUAGGUUUAUUUUGAGCUAACAAGCUGCUAACUCGCCAACCGGCAGUUUCCUUCAGUUAAACACCAAGUUCUUUCUUCUCAGUCGUCGUUUAUGUUGAUUGUUGAACGAGUUUGUAUAAUUAUAACAAACAUAUCAGUAAAUUAAUCUGCUCAAAUACGGGUAAAUAUUUUAGACAUCUCGUUUGGUCAUUUGGUCAGGUAAAAGUUCAUUUUUUAGACUUGCUUUCUUUUCAGAGUUAUUUUUAAGUAGGGCUGGAAAAUAUGUCCUCAAAUCAAUAUCACGAUAUAUUGAUCCGUUCACUUCGAUAACGAUAAAUGGACGAUAACUACUCCACAAGCUGCUCACCCCCUCCCACAUUAACUUCAUCUACUUCAACUCCAACUUCUGAACCGUCCUCCAUCUCCUCACCUGUCUUUCCCUCUUUGGAUGGGGUGGAGUCACGUCUCUGACAUAGGACAGUGUCUUAAAGGGACACGAGACCAUAGCCUACCUACACACAUCCAAAACAAACUUGGAUUUAUUAAAUUUUUUGACACCAAAUAUAAAUUUCAGUAUCGGUAAAUUUUCGGUUUAUCGCCUAGCCCUAUUUUCAAGCACAUUUUCUCACAGUUGAAUCUGCUUUUCUAACUUUUACCUUCACCUGAUUUUGGUUUGAGGAUUUUAAAAAGGCACAUCAUGAAUCUCACUAAACUAAAGGUCAUAACCCCGGCGGCUCGUAGUCCUUGUCUGUCCGUCCGUCUUACUGCUCACUUACUUUUGUUGCUCUUCUGUUUCCCCAUCAUUUAAGCUCGCAUUGUAACUCUUAUUUAAUUCCCCAUCUGGUGAGUUUACAGAGUCGAGCAUGACUCCUGACUGUGCAGCAGAUGUGUGGCAUGUUUUAUGGAAGGUGUGAGUGUUGCGGGGUGCGGUGGAGGUGGAUGGAGGCGGGGAGGCUGUGGGGGGCUGUAGGGGGGUGUUGGAAACCGCAGGGCGCUGAGUGGAGAUAUUUUUAUGUACUGUAGAGGGAUGUUCUGAAGCGCCACAACAAAGCACAAUACUCCACAGUCGUCACAUCAAGAGAGGAGCGUGAAUGAGGGCAGUGUAUCGAACAGCGUGCAGCUACAGGUUCAAUCCCACUGUACACACAGACACACACAAUAGCAUCUCUGUGAGGGGGGGCAGAUAAGAACUGCUCCACCGAGACCGCAGACUGGGAUCUGACGACUUCAAGUUAGGUCAGGUCAGGAGCUGGAUCUUCUCGGUUUGAAACUUGGAUUUAAAAACACUUGGUCUCAUCGAGUCGAUCAGAAAUCUGUUGUAAAGAUUUUUUGGUUUGUCCUGUCCUGAACUAACUUCACGGAGCCUCAAACUCCGUCUCAGAUUCGACCGCAGCGUCCUUGAUCACUUCUGAGCGCUCGCAGCUAAAUUUAACUCAGCGGUGGAAAUAUUUGUUCUGCGGUAACAGUAAACUGCACCACACUUUCCGCAUCCAUGAGGCAGCGAAGGCCUGAGCAAUGUUAAAUUGGCCAUCUGUUCUUUUCAUUGGACUGUAUGGAGCCGGCUAACUGCACAGGUGUGAUACACAUUCUCCUACGCAGACGCUUAAUGUGCCGCCGUACGAGCAAAAACUGAAUGCUGUGGGCACAGAAACAGGACCAGAACAAGAAGAAAAGGGACUGAUAUGUCGUGGGUUUCAGGACGAUGGAAAGCGAUGACCCAAUUCCUAUAAGCCGAGUUUUAGUCUAUGUUCACACUGCAGGUCAAUUCUGAUUUUUUAACCAUAUGUGACACAUCCGAAUUGUGAAUCAUAACCUGCAGUGUGAACAUAGACUAAGGGUUAGUCUCUAGAGUUUGCAUCGUCGAGUCGAGUCCUAAAAAUAGAUGUGUGCGAUUUGUAAAAUGUAUUUAGGGUCACAUGUGCGCAUAAAAAUAUCAGCCGAGGCGACAAAUGUGUUUUCAUGUAAAUACGGCGGUGAAGUUAGUUUCAGGUUGGGUAUUUGACGGACAUUCACUGCGGAUCUACCGGUGUCUUCUCACUCUCCAUAACCGGGGAAUAGUGUGGUUAAAUCUACUCAGCACCCUCGCUGUCAACGUCGAGUGUUGAAUAAGGGACCGUCAAUAAAUUACCGUCACUCUGCUGUGCUGUGAGGUAGUUAGUGGGUGAAGAUUAUCGUGAGGUCGCUGCGCCAUCUACAGGAUAAGUUGGGGAAUUUUUCAAAUGGCGGAACAUUUUUGAAGUGAAACCGAAUCUUAUUCUCCGCAUCUUAUUUCUGAAAAUAUCGUUGAAAUUCCGCGACUUUUGGCCGAUUACCGAUUAGUCUCAAACGAGCUAAAAUUGGCCGAUUUAAUCUGCUUGACGAUAAAUCGGUCGGGCCUUCGUACUGAGGUCGGACAGUAAGACACAUCUCUUAAUUUCCCUAAUUUGUCCUCUAAAACGUUUUUGUGUUAAAUUUAAAGGCAACUUUUAACAUUUCCUUCAAUAGCUUCCAUGUCAUGUGACCAAUUGACCUAAAAUUGAUUUCAAAUCAUAGUACUUAUGUUGACCAAUAAGACGAACAUCAUUCGAUCAAUUCUCACUGUGCCCCUAAAGUUCUUUGUGUGCUCCUUGUGAAAAAAGUUAGUGUCGAGCCCUGCACUCACGGCUCCAGCUCGUGUUUUCAAACGACCUUGUUUAAUGAAAAGCUUAAAAACGGAUAAGAUUCAAGUGGUCCCGCACAGUCAGAGGUCCCGCACCACGCUGCCCCUCACACCCGGCCGCAAAGGCAGCAUAAACCUCAACAGUUUGAGCUUCACAACACCCCAAUUUAACACUUGGAUUAAGGCGCAGCAAGGCAGAGCUCUCCGGGCUUGUCGUGUCGUAGGAAACGCUAAUUGGAUUCACCUGGCGGGGGCAGCGGACCACCUCCCACAGAACCCCUUUAGAGCCGUCACAAAGAGAGCGAGGAGGAGGAGAGGGAAAGAAGGAGAGAGUGAAAGAAAAAAAAGAAUGAGAAGAUUAGUUUACUGCGCAGCUGCGUUUGAAGUUUUCCUUUAAGAGACACAAUUAGGAGGGAAAAAUUUGCACUGGCUUAGCGUGCUCUUAAAGCCAUACAUCUGGGCAAUUAAAAAGAGCUACCCAAGGUGUUCAGCAUCGUGUCAUAAAAGUUAACAGGUCUGCACAGCUCAACAAAACUCUCUCAUCACCGCACACUUCUGUUCCACCUCUCGCCAUGUGCCUCUCGCGGCCUGCUUUUCUGGAGGAGACUCACAAAAACAGCCGGACGGAGUCUGAGAGCCGUUUUCACAUGAACUCUGAUGAUUCAUCCGUGAUCGUAAACAUGAACCGCUUAACACGCUCGCACUAUGUUUGUCAUUAGGUCCCUGACGCAGUCUGCAUGCCUACUUCUCUGUGAAACAGCCGUGUCGUGUUGUGUCGUGUUGUGGGUCAGUCACUUCAGCCUCACUCCACUGUAAUGACUCAAAUUAGCACUGGAAGCUAAUUCUGCUGUAUUUUCUUGUCUCUGAUUUACACCAGGCUGCCCAGAGGGGAAGAAAGUGGAAUUCAUUACAAGCUUGUUAGAUGCCCUCACCACAGACAUGGUGCAAGCCAUAAACUCACCAGCCCCCUCUGGUGGUGGGAGGUAAGUGCAACCUCAACCCCAGAGACAUUACAUGGAAAAUAUCCACCUCCUCUGGUUUUUAUCAAACGAUCAGUUCCUCUAGUUCAUCCAGUCAAACCUCAUAUUUCUUCUCUGACAUGUAUUACAUGGAUCUUGGCAGUUAUUGACGAGGUUUACGGUUCACUUUCCACCACUGUGGACCUAAAUACACUGAUGGGACUGAGAGGUAUUUUGGACCGCGGUUCUCCAUAGCAUGGGAUACGUCAAUGCACACCGAGUUUAUCAUCCUCAUAGAAGCUGGAAAGAGCCGAGCAGAUUGAUUACAGAGAAUAUAAUGGCAGGAUGUGUUGUAAUAAGAUAAACUGUGAGUGUGUGUGUGAUAAAAACAAGCAGGUGACGUAUGAACAUGGAAAACAUGUGAAUCUACAGAAUCCCUGGGAGGCAGGAGAGGAGUAACCCUCCGAGCAUACACUUCAUCAGUCUGAUCCUCCUGACUGUUCGGAGACGUUUGGCCAGUUUAAUAUUUUUAUUAAAACAGCGGCGGCGUAUUUUUCUACCCGAUCAAACUGACAGCAGUGCAUAGAUAUAGAGCGUAUAGAUUGUUUCACAUGCUAAAUUUGAUAUAAUUAUAAAAAAUGAGAUCGGAUGUGCUCGAUCAUGUUAAUUUAGGCACUGCUGCUUCAUUCAAAUACCCAUAAAAUAUUGUACUGCGAGCGCUAACUGUAUUACUCUGACUUCAUAGCGGUGGUCUUUAUUGCUGUUUGCCAGACAUCAUAAAACUGAGGCUAAACGAAGGAGACGUAGCGGACUGCGAGCAAACUAGCUGAAGCGGCCCUCAGAGAUGACUCAGCACUUUAAAAAAAAAACGAUGUUUAAGCGAACUGUCCUGUUUACGGUUUUAAUCCAUUUUUGUGAUUUAAGAUCAACCAGAAGUCCAAAAUUUCAGAAUAAAAGCGUAGUCUGAUCUGACAGCGCAGGAAGUAAAGGCUGGACGGUAUGGGAAAAAGUUUAUGAAGAUAUAUUUUUUUCAUAUCAGUAAAUAUCGAUAUAUAUCACGAUAUAAAAAAAACUACUUAUCACUCUUAAAUGAAAUUCAACAGUGUUUAUUGGUAGCAUGUCUUGCAAUACAAUAAGCCACUCCAUCUGUGAGGUCUUGUUUUGUUGUAAGAUGUUACGCUAGAGUAAGCAGACUGAAUGGUCGAUUUGGCACGGCGUGGACCCUGAGCAACUCCCCUUUUCAUUGGCUAUUUGUAAAGUCUCCCAAAUCAUGGCUGAAUGCCGACUAUUGAAAAGCAUAUUGACCAUGUUUCAUAUCAAUAUCGAGGGAAAAUCUUUUUUUGUAUAUAUCAUUAUCAUUUUAUCGCCCAGCCCUAACAGCAACCUAAACACAAGACAGAGAAAUUUCAAAAUAAAAGCGUGACAGUGAUGUCUUCUCCAGAGGAGUUUCAGUCAUAGGGCUGAUGAUUAAUCAUUCAUUUGAAUAUUAUAAGACAUAAAUAAGUGAGUUUAUAAAGUCAUGUGUUGCUCCAGGCUUGUCUUGCCUUUUCUAAAUUUGACUGAUUGUUGCGAUAAUACUGUUUUUUAAUAUUUUAGGACAAUAACAAUAAUAAGAUGAAAGUCUGGUAUUGUCACAACGUUAAAUUAUAUGAUAACUUUACAUGAUAAAUAGAUGUAAACUGACUGAGACACAAAGUUAAGAUCGUGAAUCAAACUGAUUUAAAAAUGCCUGUUCCCGUUCUUAACCAUAAAUUGCUCAAUAUCCCGUUAACUGUUAACAUCUUUGUUUUAUUUUAUUCCCUUCAGUGAAUCAGGGUGAAUAAAAAACUAAAAUCAGGAACAAGAAUGCUUCUUUGGAUCACGUUACUUUUUUUAAUUUGUGAAAGCAGGUGGGAAAAAUUGUUCUGGCAUGUUAUUUUUUCUCCCAGAUGCAUUUUCCCAGAAUAAUUAAGUUGUUGUUGUUGAAAUAAUCAUUUGGCCACGAGACGCCAAAGUGCGGCGUUAACACUUCCUCUGACUGGAAUACACUCAUGCUUUCUCUUCCAGGUGAGUCUAAAUCGUUUCAUGCACCAUAAACACAGAAACUUUAACCGGGUGUUUUUGGAUCCGGGAACAUUUUCAUCCUGAAGUCAUGAGGAUCAAACUCAGAACAUCUGAGAGCGGUAUAAUGUUUCGUUGGCUGCUCUCUUUGAGUUUUCACAUCACCUCUCUCUCUGUCUGACCUGAUCCAGGUUUGUUGAGCCUGAUCCCAGCCACACUCUGGAGGAGAGGGUGGUGCACUGGUACUUCGCCCAGCUGGAUAACAACGGCAGCCACGACAUCACCAAGAAGGAGCUCAAACCGUUUAAGAGGUACCUGAAGAAGAAAGCCAAACCCAAGAAAUGCGCCCGCAAGUUCACCGACUACUGUGACCUGAAUAAGGACAGAGCCAUCUCCCUGCAGGAGCUGAAAGGCUGCCUGGGCGUCAGCAAAGAGGGUAAGAGGAAAGGUAGACCAGGUCUGGGCUAAGCUGACUUGACUGGCAGGCCUGCGCACCUUGGGAAUUUCCCCUAAUGGGGCUAAUAAAGGAGUAUCUUAUCUAGGCUAACGGCUAAAUUCCACAGGAUACAGAACAGUUGCGCCCUGCUCCGGAACGGCAGCUUGAUCAAAUAUGCAAGCAUUAGAAUCAAUGUGCGUGAUUCCACACAAUUCGUCCGCCACCCGGCUCCGCUGCGGUCGGAUCAGAGACCCAAGGCUUCUAUUUUUGCUGGACGCCACAGCACAGCCCAUCAAUUCAGUGUAGCAAAGCACGAGCGGCAGCGGAAGUUGUAUGCAGUUACAGAGUAAAAUAUCCAAUUAGUUUUCAAAACAAAAUGAAGUCAAUACAGCAGCGUAGUGGUGUAGCAGUUAGCACUGUCGCCUCACAGCAAGAAGGUCCUGGGUUUGAAUCAAGGUCAGGGCGUUUCUGUCUGGAGUUUGCAUGUUUUCUGUGUGUCUGCGUGGGUUUACUCCGGGAACUCCGGUUUCCUCCCACAUCCCAAAAACAUGCAGUAGUAGGGUUAGGUUAACUGGCCACUUUCAGAUUGCCCGUGGGUGUGAAUGUGAGCGUGGAUGGUUGUUCGUCUCUAUAUGUCAGCCCUGCGAUGAACUGGCGACUUGUCCAGGGUGUCCCCUGCCUUCGCCCGAAGAUGCUGGGAUAGGUACCAGCCCCCCCACAACCCCGGGAACAGGCAUAGGGGGUAGAAAAUGGAUGGAUAAAGUCAAUACGUUGAACUGUUCUUCACGUGACAAUAGGAGGGGCCAGAGUUGAGCAAUGUGGGUGUUUAUGUACACCCCCGAUCUCAUUCAAUGUCUCACGGGGAAACACGCAAGAUCUCGUGAUAUCUCGUCCAGUCUCAUGAGAAGUUCUGGUAAUAUCCCAAGGGCUUCUCCUCGUUUGUGGCAGCGGAUCAGAUGUGGUGGGCACUGUAUGCUUGUGUUUUUGAUCCGCCUGCCAUUCCUGAGUGGAGCGUAGCAGAUCUGCAUGUGAUGGAAUCCCGAUGUAAAAGGUCGUCUCUGGUCGACUGAAGGUUCCGUUGAGUCAGCAUGACCAAUAUGGCGACUGCUGCUAUUAGGGUUAAAGAAAGGACUUUUCUGAAUCUCAUGGUUCAUUUAAAAAUCAGACACAAAAUCAAUAGUUCUGCAAAAACUUUGGUAUGUGCAUCAGCUAGAUUUGUUUUCCAAACAUUGGUCUUGGUGUCAACACUUCCUCAGACUUUUACAUGUACAGAGUGUUCUGUACCCUCAUUGGUCAACAUCACCGGCAGGAGGGUUUACAUUGCAAAAAUCAGAAAGAAACUCAAACAUGCUGAUAAGGGGUCAUGACGCGUCCCAGACACAAAUACACAGAAGAGAAAAAACGGUUUCCCAGAACUAGACUCAUAAUGUGAAGUCUGACCUCAACAUCCAGUCAUGAGUCUGAACCUCAGGAGAAAUCAGGUCAGAUUACAGAAGUUGGAAAAAAUUAAACUCAUUGUUUAGCACAUUUUUUAAAAGUACUGAUAGUGUCAGAUUUGUAUUUUGAAGUCCAUAAAAGUCCCUCUGAUGUUAGAAGGUCAGAUGAACCAAAGACCUGCACCUGUACAGGCCGGUCUUGGAUCAUACACUGAAAAUUUGAGGCCAAAUUUGAAGGCGAUGGUUGAAGCGAUUUACUGGAGCAAUCUCAUGAUGGUUCAUUCUUUGGGAAUUAAAUAUUUUAAAAUAAGGGGGUCAUAGAUUUUAUUCUUACUUUUAUUAAUUUUUUUAAUAAUCACAUAAAUCUACAGAACCUUUUAUCUAUUCCCUCAUGAGUUUGACAGAAAUAUUCGUGACGUCAUGGUUUUUAAAAAGCGGAGUGAGUCAGAGGUUUAAAAGGAGGAGAUGGUGUAACUCUGGAGCGUGUAACAAACAGACGUGUCGACAGUCUAAAUUAGGGCCACUGCUUGAAUAAGCAGUCACUGAUGAAUAUAGAGAGAGCAGACUAAUGUAUAAAUGGAUCAUCGUCACAGUCUGGGCCAAAGAAAACCGACGACUCAUGGUGACUGUGGACUGGUCCUUUUAAAGGGAUCAUUUAAAACCGUCAGAGUGAGAGGACGCCGCCGCCAGGUUCAUUACUCAUGACACACAGAUCAUGUUUGUUGGCUUUUUACUUUAGACACAAAAUAUGUGAUGGUGUUAAAACGAUGCAGUGGAGUGGUGAUGAUUUAUGUUGUGAAGGAUUUUUUUUUGUUUAAUGUCAAAUAUUUUUUAUUUUUAAGUUAAAUUUUUGUGUUUUUGUUUUUUUUUUUUUCUGCAGGAAGUUCAACGACAAGUGGCAACCAAGGGACAAGGCAAGGGACAAAGUUGUUCAGUAAGGCCAACUAAUACGCUUUCACUAACUCUGCUGCUGCUGGCUGCUGUCACUGCUUCUCACUGGCACAACUGUGUAACACAUUAACAUGCACAUGGGUUAUAAAUGCAGCACUGGGACAGCUGGGAGGACACGCAGCCUGAUGACUGGGCAACAUUUGAUUCACAUGCAGAGCUUUAUGUAUAUUCAGGAGUGUGUGAGUGUGUGUGUGUUCAAGGCUGAGGUGAUGUGACGCAGCAGCUCUCAGGCUCAGUGGUGGAUGUGACAGACAGCAGGUGUCCUGAUCCACCUCUGGGGAGAAUCAGGGGGAACUUUGUUUACACUUUACCACUGCAAAGCCUCCAGAUGGCACUUUGUUUACAUUUGCAACACCAGAACCGGAACUAUCUCUCCUAACAGGGCUUUAGAUACGAUUGAUCCUCAUUUCGAGAUAUUGGAGCUGCACAAUUUCGGCCAAAAUUAAAACCCUGAUUUUUUUCCCUAAAAACCUGAUUUUCAAUUUCGAUUUUUUUAUUCAGUGACAACUUCACCAAACUUCCCGUUAAUAAAAAGUUUUUCUAUCAUCUCUCAGGACAAAACAAAUGAAAAUGAUGUAGUGCAUAUGCCAAGUCAGUAAGCUGCACAGGAAAUGCACCAAAGACAGAAGAAGAGUACAGACAUGGCCAGACAUGCGCAGGCGCCAUGAAAGUCGUUUACAGAUUGAUGCACUCUCUGACCCGUUUUAAAAAAGUACAGUUUAAGGUCAUUGGAAAUCGAUCAAAGUUUAUUUUACGCUGUUUCGGUGUGGAUGAAACGCCGAUACGACAAAAACUAUAGUGUUUCCCCCUAAAUUAGUUCCCGUGUGGACGGGUUGAUACCGCCUUCAGACAGACUUUGCAGCACGGAGUGGUUUGCUCUUCUUCCGAAACUGUGAAGUCGUACCAAUUCAACACGACUGACUCGCUCUUGUCCUAUUUAACCACGAAAUUAUCGCCUUCUUUUGCAAACACCAUGUUUGUUCACACUGGUGUUUGUGGGAACUGGGGAGGAAGGAUGAGUCUACGGUGGCCUGGAGGCGCGAGACAUGAUGGAGAGGAAAAUUAAUUUGAUAGAUCACCAUCGUCAAUAAUUUCUCCAUAAUUUAUUCCUUAUAUUUAUAUUAUAUUGUUGCACUGUUUAUACUGUUAUGCUGCUUAUAUUGUUAUUUUGUAAAUCGAGAGUAUUUAAGAUUACAUUAAUACUUUAAUAGUUUUAUUUUUAUAGUUUAUUCUUCUGCACCGUGGGUCUGAGAGGACUGAAAUUUCAUCUGUUCUGGAUGUUUAACAUGUUUAACAUAUUUGACAAUAAAGUUGACUUUGACUUUGAUUAAAUAAUCCAAUAACGAUUUAAAACCGAUUAACUGUGCAGCCCUAUAACUUUGAGGUAAACAGUGUCUCUCAAUCCCAGAAAUCUCAUAUUUUGCUUCAGUCUGAGUUUUCCUCCGACCGUCAGUCCAACACAUCAUGAUAUUGAGUUUGGUGUUUCACAGACUGGCAGCGGUCCUCACAUUGAAAAUGCAGGAAUCAGGGGAAAUUUAUUUCGCCCAGAUUUGUGUGGAAAUGUGUAAUCUGCUGUAAAAUAGCUGCGGAUCGUUUUUCGGUUAAAGCCACUAAUCCGUUCAGCCUCGAACUUUGACGACUGUGACCGCGAGAACCGGGUCCAGAGAGUCUGAAGUUACAAGUGUCUCAUAGAUAUUGUCUGUUCGAAUCGCCUCUCACUGAGUGAUUAUUGGUCCUGUCGGUGCUGUUGACUCUGGCCACUGGGCUGAUUUAGCGCCACAUAGUUCUGAAGUCAUGUGUUUACCCUGGCGCUGCUGCCCCCCCGGUGCCUGGAGAACAGUGGCUCUGUGGGCAUAACGUCAGGCCUCAUGGGUCCUGGGCACCGCUGCCAGAAUAAACAGGAGCAGAGAGAGAGAGAGAGGCUCGGCCAGUCAGCGAAUCUCUCACCUUCAUGCUUAAGAGCUGGGAGUAAACGGCCUGACAGUUUUAUACGGCUCCUUCUGCUGCCACUCAGACGCUGUGAGCUGGUGAUGGUUGUGGAGAGAGUGAGGUAUGGACAGAGAGAGAAACAGAGAGAGAGGCUGGAGGAACAUAUGGCAGCAUUCUGCUUUGACUAAGAUAGACGCCCAUUGUGUUCAGGUAUGCCUUGCUGAUCCUCAGUGGCCUGGAUCUCUUUAAGUCGAGCUGCUUUUGCGGGGCAUUAAAUCUUCGGAUGCUCUGUCGCAGCUUUGGAUGGUCACUGGAGUGUUAGUGGACGUAUUUACAGUUUACGGUGCGUGCCUUCUGGUGGAGGGUUGGGAGCAGAGCGGAGCACAUCUGUACGAGGCUCCUCACUCUAUCGCAAAAGAAAACAUCUGAAUCCCUUCUGUGAGCUCUGACGGAGGGAGUACGGUGGCAUCGGUCCUCUACGGAGAGUGGAAACCUUAUUUUGGAUGAAAAAUGCUGGAGUAGCCUGAGGCGGUUAUUUUCAGACAGCUCCAGCAUCGCUGUAUUACUCACUCACUCACUCACUCACUCACGGCAACAAACAACACGCGAAAAUAUUUCUCCGUUCAAGUUCUUGCGCUGAGGUUUGGCAGCAGAGUUCAUGAUGUUUUGCUCAAAAGUCUUAAUUCCGUUUAAAAAGACAUAAACAUUGUACUUGAAUAAGUACUAACACAUGUAUGAAGGCUGGCCGCGCUCACAAAAACACCCCAAACAUGUGCGAGGCCAAGAGUAAAAGAUUAGAGGACCUACUGGGAGGACUUCAGGGAUGAACACAACCUGUGCAGACAUGAAAAGGUCGUAAAAGGUCAUCUGAAAGGACAACCUCUGAUUGGUCAACAGGCCCAAACAAAGAUGGCAGCCCUCUACUAUUUCACUCAGAUUCACACCUAAACCAGCACAGACCAGAUCCAGACAGUCUGUAAAAUACUCUGGUAUGUUCUGAGGGUAAGAAAAGACCCUGAAUGCUGCAGAAACUGUUCGUCAAAGUUGUGAAGAGGAGCCAAUUCUGCAGGUGCAGAAGAGGUUCACCUGAUCAUCACUGCAGCAGAGAGCAUGUGCAGUGAAUUCACUCAGGACUGAGAGAGAUAUCAUGAGCAGGUUACAACAUAGGGCUGGGCGAUAUGGCCUCAAACCAAUAUCACGAUAUAUUGAUCAGUUCACCUCUAUAACGAUAAAUGGAUGAUAACUGCUCCACAAGCUGCUCACCCCCUCCUGGGAGAGUGGGAGGGGACGAGUCGGAAUUACGGAAAAGAGGUGUGUCGAAUACAGCGAGGUGAUUGGAUGGAGAGGCAGAGCAGGAGAUUGACCAAUACGAGCUGUCUGGGACGGAUGGCUGCCAUUGGUCAGUGUUUUUGCAGCCCUGCACCUGAUAGGGUGAACGGAUUUUCUCUGUUCUUUUUUCUCUUCACUUUGUGGAGAUCGCACUAUAGGACCAUGAUCGCCAUAGAAACAAGGUUCACAAUAAUCACCAAUCUCUCCAACUGUCAAUCAUGCCUUCAAAGGGACAUGAGACCAUAGCCUACCUACACACAUCCAAAACAAACUUUGAUUUAUCUAUUUUUUAGACAUGCGCAAAAUGACGUCAGUUAUUGUCGUAAAUUUCAGUAUUGGUAAAUUUUCGGUUUAUCGCCCAGCCCUAUUACAACAGCUCAUGUUUGGUGCAGGCAGGGAGAGCAUCAGCAAAGACCUCCAUGGAAUCGUUAUGAGCUUGUUCAUCUUGUGAUCCAGAAACUCAGAUAGCAGCGCCGAACAAACCAAUAUCAGGGAUGCUGAUAGCUUACAUGUCUGAAUCAGAGGUUUGAAGAGUUGGUGAACUCGUGCUGGAUGCGUCCAUGUCAAACUCUCCUCUUCUUAUGUGUCCUUCCUCCUGUUUGUCCUGGCUGUGUCCGUCAUUAGGCAGGAAUGAAAGGAGGGCAUUAUGAGGCAGGUCUGGCACAGAUGCUGCAGGACCAUUAGAGAGCCCAGAACCCUGUCCCCUCCGAGCCAACAGCAAUUACUCCUCAGCACUCGUGUUUUAAUUACUGUGACAUCAGCUCGACAAAGCGUACACCGUAAAAACAGCAGAGGUCAACAGAGAGGCUUGUGAUGGUUAGUUAACUUUGAUUUGCUCUCCAUCACCACCUGCUGCUCCCGUGGGUUUUCACUUUUUAGAGGCUGACAGACUCGGACUCAAACUCGAUUUUUUAUCUUCUUAGCAAAGUCCUGAGCCGCGACCACGUACAGGUAUACCAUGAUUCCCAGCUCCCCGGCCAAGUGUCUUUAUCGGCCGGUCCCAGGUGAGGUGAGACGAUUCUCCAUUAGACAGGAUCUGCUUUCAGUUCUUUAUCACAAGUGGGGCCAAGGUGUCCAGAGAGAGGCCUGGGGGCUUUGUGUUGUUAAUGGCACAGACAGUGUCCUCAGUGACUGGGAGGAGAGGAGGGAGACGAGCAUUCGCUGCUCUGGAGCCGAGUAAUUGCAAAGCCGAUUCAUCAGCGCCGAGGCUCGGCUUCUGACAACAGAGACUUUUAUCUGAGCUAAAGACAGGAACAGCAUGACUUCACUGGAACGGUCCAUCAGGAAAGAAAGUGGUACUGCAUAGUUUAACAGGUGGAACAUGCCCCUAAUGCUGCCAAGGAAAAGGUCACCGAGGCUGAAUGUACAAAACGCUGCAGCUUUAGCUCCCGAGUGUUCCCCUCCUCCAUGGAGUCUGCUUUAAAAGACGGCGGAGAGGUCGAACCGCAAUAGAUAACAGCUGGCCUGAAGUCGACGCCAGUUAAGACAAAAGUUAAAAAUGUGAAAACAUGCAGCGUGCCAGCCUGCGAUGCUCAGAAACUCGCCAAUUCCCAAGGAAGUAUCAACAUGAGGUGGUGUGUUGUUCCAGGAAACAGCGUCUUUUAGACUCCUGGCACGUUAGAAUAUUUAUGUGGUAUGAAUAAGAAAGUUUGUGUUUUGAAGAUCUUAUCUCUGUCAGAUUUACUUUAAAUUUCACAAAACAGUUCAAGCAGCUUCAGGUCAUUUAUUAGAGCAACAAGGAAAUCCAUGAAUCUAUAAACAUGGCUGACUGGAUGUUUUUUUUCUCUGGAAACUCGAUUUUCAAUUUUGAUUUUCUAUUCAGUAACAACUUCACCAAACUUCACUUUAAUAAAAGUUUUUCUAUCCUCUCUCAAAACAAAACAGCUGAAAACAAUGUAGUGCAUAUGCCAAGCCAGUAAGUGGCGCUGUAACGCUGCACAGGAAAUGCACAAAAGACAGAAGAAGAGUACGGAUCAUGUGUAUAAAGGUUAUUUUGUCUGGACACGUACAGGCGCCAUAAAAGAGUUAAGCUGUGUCGUUUCCAGAGAUACAGAUAGACAUCCACAUGGAGGUGAAAUGGUCGUCUUUCAUGGAUUCAUACACUCUGUGACCCGUUUUUAAAAAGUACCGAUUACAGUCACCUGAAACGCCAUUUUUCCGUGUGGAUGAAAUGCAGAUUUGACCGCUUUCAUACAGACUUUGUGGCAGGGAGUGGUUUGCUGUUCGUCCGAAACUGUGAAGUCGUACCAAUUCCACUGGACUGACUCGCUCUUGUCCUAUUUAGCCACAAAAUCAUUGCCUUCUUUUGCAAACGCCAUGCUUGUUUACACUGGUGAAUGUACGAUUUUAAUUUUUAACAUUGCAUAAUUAAAUAAUCUGAUCACGAUUAAAAUUCGAUUAAUCCUGCAGCCCUACAACAGCUCUGUUAUAAAAGCUUUCCACCUUUUAAACGGAUUUGGUUUAAGGGCUAAAAUCACUGUUCCCUGUGUCCUAGUCGUAGAGGCGUUAGGUCGCCAUAAUAUUUUAUUUGAUGCACUCAAAGUAUAGGUGAGAACAUUCACUGCCAGACUCGUUCAUGUGGACGGUAACCUUUAGAUUUAUGGAGCACAGGAGGGAUUGUGACGCUUUAAAGUCUGAGCUGAAAACCCGACUGUGGAGCGAAGGCACGGUCUGGGUCUGAAGAAGCUUCCAGAUUGUGUAGCGAUACGAGUCGGACUUGUAUAUCACGGCUGACAUGAGCGGCACUGACAGACUGAGCACCUGUACAUCCUUACCUCUCUGAGCACGCUCACUAACACACCCAUAACCUCAUGUGGGUCAGAGGAGAGUCCAGAUACACACAUGCAGACCUACUGUGCGUACACAAAGUUAUUGUACAGACACACCAUAUGGACAGAUGCAACUUCAGAGGGCACAAACACACAAAGGAGACACACACACACUCUUUCUCUCACACAGCCUGAGCUCUCACAGGGUUCAGGAGGACCUCUGCUCCCCUCUGACAGACAUCUGUAAGCAAUCUCAGCUUUUUUACCCAUCUCCUCUUCUCCCAGGCCUCUCCUUCCUUCCUUCCUUUCUUCUCUUCCCUCUCUUUCUCUCUCUCUCUCUCUCCCCCUUCACCCACUCGUCUGAUUGAUGAGCGAGCCGUCCAUCCCUUGUGCAGACUGUCCCAUGCAGUUUGAGCACAAUAUAACUUCAGAGACCUGUUGAGUUACGGCUUUGUUGCAACAUAACGUCAGCACAUGUGAUGGCGGGGUUUGGCUGUAGGUGGGAAACAGCUGCUUAGAAGUAGAGUUGUCCUUGGUAACUAUUGACUAUCCAUCUUGCUUGGCUGGAUAAGAAAUGUAGUCAUAAAAAGCUUAGAGGCCAAACAGAGUGUGUCUGAGUAAGCUGGUGAAUUAACACUUGACCCGAGUCAUGUAUGUGGACACUAACCAGCAGGAAGAACCAAAGGCUGGUUAGCAUCACUUUGAAAACAUAGCCAAGCUGCUGCUAGCUCAGCUUAGGUUUCUGCAUUGGUAAUUAUAAAAUACAACACAAGAACUUUAUUUAUCCCAUAAAGGGUCAUUCAUUGGUCUGUAAUCUCAGAUAAACCAGAUUAUGACUGACCCGCCCAUCGGUGCUAAAGUAGCUUCUAUGACGUUAGCAUACAGCAGAUUUGUGGUUUUCUUUUCUCUGGUAGGACAGUUAAGGAACUGUGGAAAUCCAAACAGGUGAGAGGAGAGGGUAACAUGGUUGAAGUCUCCUGAUAUUAUAACAAGUGCCUCAGGAUGUUGAGUUUGUAUCCGAGCAACUGUAUCAUAGAGAACAUCACACGGAACUUCAGCCGUUGCCUUGGGUGGGAUGUAAACAAGUACUGUCGUGGUAUGGCAUAAAGGUAUUAGUUAUAAUGAUGGUAACUAUAAAGGGAGUCAGGUUUUGGGUAGAGGAUUCGUCUUCUUCUAGAGGUCAAGUUUAAAGGGAUAUUCCGGCAUCAAAUUAAGGUAGUUAACUUAGUUAUGUCACUUCUCAACUCGGUGAUCGACUCGUCAGGGCUCCCCAACAAACAAGCGUCUGCUGGAAGAGAGUAGGUGAGUUGUGUUUGGUCUUUUUGCUAAAGAAAUUAGUCAAAGUUAAAAAGAUGUUUGGUGUCUAGUACUAUGUCUGUGACCCUAUAUGUCCUGUUGAUGAAGUUAGGUGCUGUUCUGAGCAUUAUUUGUGGCGUUUUGGUUGAGGUUUACACGUGGAGACGUAGAACGCUCUGUAUUACUAUCCUACGGUCGUUACUAAAGUUGGUAUAACUAGAGAAGCAAGCGGUCGGCAACAUUCAUCUCUGGAGGGGGGGUCUAUCUCGGUGUUACAGUGUGUUUGACGCUAACUUAAUUUUACGCCGGAAUAUCUCUUUAACACCAACAUAGUCUGAAGAUGACCUAGGUUUCAAGCGUCUUACAAGUUAUUGGACAGUCUUUUGCUGAUUGGAUAACUAACAACACCACUUUAUAAAAUUAAUAUCACUGUUUCCAUGUUUUGUUUUUUUAAAAUAAGUGUCUGUGAGUCUGUCCGAGUGGAGCAUCGUCUCGUCACGCUGCAGCUACGUGUGAGUGCAUCUGCAUGCUGAAUACUAAAACAGAUGAGUGAAUACAUUUCUUUUUUUUCUCUUUUUCGGUCUGUCUUUCUUUCUGUUCCCAGUAGGUCGUCUGGUGUGAGAAGAGAAGGGUCCAGAAGCUGAGACGAGAGCAGAGGGCACAGAGGGAAGGCAUCUGUACGCUUGCUGACAGGAAAAAGAAAGAUGGAGCAGAAAAAUUUGAAAGUUCCUGAGUCUUAAAAAAAAAAAAAAGAAGAAAAAAAAAAAACAGAACCGAAGCGGCGCCAAAAUAUUUGCACUUUCUCCUCCCUAUGUUUGACAUUGUAUCUGUUUUUUGUGUGUUGAUUGUUCUCUCCUUGAGUGACUGAAAAGGUGGAGGUAAGAGUGAAAAUGUGUUUGUAAAAAAAGAUGAAACACCACUGGAAGAUCGCGCGUCCCCUCAUGUUUAGUCUGCUUUUGUGAUUCAGACACUAACACGCAUUUUGUGACUUAAAUAUUAAAUUUACAUCUCCCCUGUUACAUACAGCAGCACACAGGCCGGUGUUAACCCGCCAGAAAGGAGCUGAAAUUGAGUCUCGUUCACCUGAAUAUAAGUCAAAGGUCAUGACAGAGGACCGUGGCUGUGACGACUUUAAACACAAGUGUAGUUUUCCUGUGUGUCCGUGGCAUGUAUUAGAAUUUAAGUCUAACUUAUCAGCACAGGAUUAGCCGUCUAAAUCCCCUUGCACUGUUCGGAACUUCCUGUAUCCACUAACAUUUGAUCGAGGAAUCAGAUUUUUGGGAACGAGGUCUGAAAGGUUUUAAGUUCAGUUGUUCAGUAAAACGAGUCGUGGAAAGUGAAAGGUGAAUUUUUCCUGGUAAAGGUGUUUCCUUCUGUGCAGAGACUUCAUACUGUGUGCAGUUUACAAACAGUUUAUUCUCUUUUCAUGAUACCCAGAAGCAAAUAAGACCGAUUAUUCGUUUAUCGUCAUUUCGAAGAACUGAAACUAGGGCUGUGCGAAUUUGGCCAAAACUAAAAUAUUUUUUUUUCACUGAAAACUUGAUUUUUUAUUCAGUGACCAAACUUCACAAGUUUUUCUAUCAUCUCUCAAAACAAAACCACUAAAAGCGAUGUAGUGCAUAUGCCGAGCCAGUAAGUGGCGCUGUAACGCUGCUCAGGAAAUGCACAAAAGACAAAAGAAGAGUACAGGCGCCAUAAAAGUCAUUUACAGAUUUAUGCGCACUCUGACCUGUUUUCAAAAAGUACCUUUACAGUCGCCGGAAACGCCGUUUGUGUUACAACAGAAAACUUUAGCGUUUACCCCUAAAUUCAUUUCUGUUCUGGUUCUCUGUCGUACACCGAGGGGAACCUUAAAAUGGACUUAAACACACGUUUGAGAGAAAGAAAACAGUUUUUUUACGGUAAAGUAAGUGGAUGAGUCAAAGUGGACACGAAACAGGAGCUUCUUAAAAGAGGUCGGUGACAAAGUGGUGACUAAGGAUGAGUAAGGUUGAACGUUUGUGGGAUUUUCCAGGAAAAUAUUGUUGGGAAACUUUCAGAUUUUUAGUAGCAGCUGUUUGUUAAGUCGAGCUCUACUUCUGUGGUAAAUUAGUUAAUAAGACGAGUUUAAUUAGUGAGAGUAAAGGUCAUUCUCCACGCAAUCAAACCUGGAGAGAGGCUGAAGAGUCCGGCGAUCGCAGCCCCCCCGUGACAAACUGCACCAAUCCCCAACAAAGACCCCCUGGUGGGGAUUUUAUUUUUCCAAAACAGCCUGAAGAGUUUAAAAUAAAGAAGAGGUGACACAGAUGACUAAAGCUGAGCCGUAAACACCGAUGUUUCCAUCGCUCAGGAGCCCGUUAACAUCGGCUCAUUUCUGCCGUCAUAUUCACGUCUAUCCGAGGUAUUCCAAACACCGUGUGGCAUUUACAAAAGCCGGCUCCUAGAGUAAAUAUUUGAGUCUCCUCCGUAAUAUCAGAGCACAUUUUGUGUAUGUAAACACAUUCAUCGUCUGUAAUCCAACAGUUGAUGUCAGUAUUGCUCUGCGAAACUCUUACCACCACACACGCACUUGGAGCGUCGCCACCGUAUGUAAGACGACGCACUGAGUCUUAUAAAAGACCCCCGAGGGCGCCCCCGGUUAGCGAGCGAGCAGGGAGGAGAAAACACCCGGAAAAAAAAAAUGUUUUGCAAUGUAAAAAAUAUCGAUUUUUCUGGAGAAUGGCGAGUUAGGUCUUGUGGUCGGAGUGCUUGUGUAAUUGUUUUGAGUUAUGUGUUCCCAAGAGCCGCUGCAGUGGCUCCGACAAAAGGCUCCUAUUGUAAAUAUGUACAAUAACCUUUAUUUGAUUGUUUGUUUUACUAAAAGUCAUUGUGAGGCGUUUGGCUGUUCACUCUCUUCUCUGUCUGUCUGUUCUGGAUCGUUGUUGUAAAAACUAUACUGUGUUCACACAUCAUGUCAUACAUUAGGAUGUUACAGUAGCUAAUUCACAGACUUUAAAAUGCUUAGACCAGACUGGAAGUUAUCAGCUCUGAGCACUGUUUAUUUUAUCUGUGGUGGAGUUAUUUGACUAUUUCAGCUCGUGUUUUACGAUUCCUGCCGUCAUCACUGUACACGGUCAAGAAUGUAUACAGUUCCUGGUGCUUAAUCCGCUACAAUCACAAGUCCAGUCAUGUCUAAUUUGAGCCGGACGCCCGUGCCAAGACGGAGAAAAGAAACGUCUCUUUCUGCAGCCUCUCUCUCUCUCCUGAGUGCCUGCCUGCUUUAGUCCGGGGUUUGAACACUGGGCUUGUGUGUCUGCUGAAGUGCUUCCAGACGCCGCAGAGCUUGCAGAUCACAUGAGAGAUGUGAAACAGCCUAACAGGCUAGUAAUCACUGCUAAUCACGACGAGAGGGGGGACGUAUAGCGAGAUGACUGUCAGUCCGUCAGGGAGAAGCACAGAUUGUCUGGCUGCUCGGAGGAACUCUUUUUUUUCCACAGCAGGCGUGUCGAGACACUCUCGCAGUGUUUUGACAAUAUUUCUUAUUCAUAGCUGGAGAAAUCAGAUCUCCUGGAAAACAAAACACUGAGACAUGCUGCUGCUGCUGCCUGUGGGUGAUAUUGCUCAAUGUAAAUGAUGAGGCUUGAGGUGCAGCUGUUUGGCCGAGCGAUGAGAAUGCUUUUCUACUUUAGCGGAGGCCCGACUUCCUGACACUGAGAAAGUUUCCCCGAGUUUACCAAGUGCACCCUGGCACACGGCGGUAGUUUACCCCUGGCACCUAUCGACACAAAUUUACUGAAGGUCUGUGGAUGUUCAUAUUUUUAACUAUUAAGAUAAACUCAUUAAUUUCAGCCCCUAAAGCACCAAAAUCUCUGAUCCGUCUCUUGCUGAAGUUCAGGACCGCUCUGCUUUUAUCCGACUGUGCUGACUCAUGAAAGUAACGCCGCUCAUUUCAGGGUCAAAGGUCGCAUGGAUCCUGAUUCCCUGAGCUCUGACAGGAACAUUCAUUGCUGUUUCAUUUGUCCAUGUGGUGUUAUGAUGCCGUGAAACUGAAACCACAUUUGAGAAAAUCCUGAUGCUGUUUUUUUGAAACUCUGCUCACUUUAACCUUUCUGAAUGGAAAACCGUUUAAAGCUGCGACAGGAGACAAGGAGCUCAAUACUGACCCCUACUGGUACAGACUGCUCAGUACAACCAACCUGAAGGCACGAGGAGUUUAUACAGACUUUACAGUAACAACGAAGCCUAUUGAUUAUCAUGAACUGUUAAUAAACACUUUUACAGAACUA